GUUCGACUUCCAAGGUACGACUGUAGAGUACAGUACAGCAGGUAAACAAUAACAGAUUAGUCAAUUACAGUGUUAUUUAAGUAACUUGUCAAAUGUAAAUCAGUUAAAACCUGCAGCCCUGGUAAGUUGGUUUAAGAUUAUCAACUCUGCUCUACCGUAGCCUCAGGGUCAACCUGUCAAAUAACAGGUGUGCGAGAUAAAUUGUUCCUUCAGCAAUGAAUUAAAAUAAUGCAUAAAUUGAAUUUGAAAAAAGCAGGUUUCUGAGAACACAAAAAACAGUGUUUGUGGCUGUUUAAAAUUCUAUUAUUCCAGAUAAUUUUUUUUGGCUUUCAGAAAGACCAUAUCGCUGUCAAAGGGGGAAGACUGAUAGAAUCACCUUCUUUAUGUCUUUAUAAUCUAGAAUCGUAGUUGUGCUGCAUAGAUACUAUGCCUUUAAAGCACAUUUGAAGCACAUUUGAAGCACAUUUGAAGCACAUGGUUUUCCUCAAAGAAUUCUGCGCUCUGUAGCUUGUUAAGGGCUGCUGGGAAUUUGAACUCUCUGAGGGAUAGACUACCACGCCCAGAAUUCUUUGAGGGAAAGAAUGUGCUUUGGAUGUGCUUUAAAGUGUACACAACCUUGGUUUUAAUAAUCUGGAAUCAAUAGGCUUCAAAAAUAACCUAGCCACCCCCUCCCCCAGCUGAUGCAGAAAGCCCACUUUUACAACAUCUCUGCUAGGUGGCCAUUAUGACUCUGCUUAGAUACCUCUCUUGAAGGAGAGUUUGCCAGCUGCUUGGGAUUGUAAACUAAUUGGCCCUAAAACUGUUGGGUCUAAACCAGCGGUGGCCAAACUCAGCCCUCCAUAUGUUUUGGGACUACAAUUCCUAUCAUCCCUGACCACUGGUCCUGUUAGCUAGGGAUAAUGGGAGUUGUAGUCUCAAAAACAUCUGGAGGGCCGAGUUUGGCCACCACUGAUCUAAACCAAAGGCAAGGCUUUUUCCCCCCCAUUCAACCUUGCAGAGGUGGGGGAGAUUCCAGAUCUCCUGGAAGAUUAAGGCCACAUCCACACCAGAUAUUUAAAUCACUUUGAUACCACUUUAACCUUCCACCAAAGGAUCUGGCUAGCUGUUAAGGGUGCUGAGGCUUGUUAGGAGAUUCCUGUUCCCCGAGUUCCCAGGGAAGAGGGACUGACCGUUAAACCACUCGGGGAAUUGUAACUCUGUAAGAGGGUGGCGCUGUGGUCUAAACGACAGAGCCUAGGGCUUGCUGAUCAGAAGGUCGGCGGUUCGAAUCCCCACGACGGGGUGAGCUCCCGUUGCUCGGUCCCAGCUCCUGCCCACCUAGCAGUUCGAAAGCACGUCAGAGUGCAAGUGGAUAAAUAGGUACCGCUCCGGCGGGAAGGUAAACGGCGUUUCCGUGCGCUGCUCUGGUUUGCCCGAAGUGGCUUAGUCAUGCUGGCCACAUGACCCGAAAGCUGUCUGCAGACAAACGGCGGCUCCCUCGGCCUAUAGAGCGAGAUGAGCGCACAACCCUAGAGUCGUCUGCAACUGGAGCUAAUGGUCAGGGGUACCUUUACCUUUACUUUUAAGAGGAAUAGGGGUCUCCUCGCAACUCUAUGCCCUGUUAGCAAACUCCUGGGUUCUUUAGGGGGAAGCUGUGACUAUUUAAAAUGGUAUCAUAGUUCUUUCAAUAUUUAUUGCGAAGGUGUGUAUUGUGAAGGUGAGACCGCCCCAGCCAGAUUGCUGUCUCCUUUUUGCUCUCACUUCACAACACAGGCAAGAAUAUUAUAAUCCAAAUUCACCCUUCUACAUGCUGCCUGGUGACUGUCACACAUGAUUAUCUGCCUGCGUCACCACUGCUGACUUCUGAAAGUGUUGCAAUGAUGCAGCAGGCCUUGAAAUCCUGGCCCUGUGUGUGUGUGUGUGCAGGCACAUUUGGACAUGAGAGUCGCCGCCUGCCUUCGAGACAAGGACAGCUUUCUAAUAUAGAACAAAGACUACACGUAUUUGUCUGGCUCGCUGGCAACUCUUGGCCUGCUGCAGUGCGUCCGUUUGUGUGCCAGGUCUCCUGUUUUGCUCACUCUCUCCCACCCCACCCCUUUCUGCUUGUUGCAGAAAUGGAUUGGGUGAUGCAAGAACCAUUUGCAUAACUACAUUAUAAAGGAAUCGGUGGUGCUGGAAGUUUUCCUGAAAAGAGCUUAGUAGUCAGAAAGAACCUGUUGACGUAGUGGCAGGGCCGCAUUGAAAGCGCUGUUCUUCAGCCAUGGCUCCCCCCCCCCAAAGAACCCUGGGAAGUGUAGUUUAAGGGUGCUGAGCAUUGCAGGUAUUCCCUUUGCAGAGUUAACAAUUUGCAAAGUUACGUAACCAUCAGUCUUCUUCCCAGGGAACUCUGGGUAUUGUACCUCUGUAGCGGGGGCAAUGGGGAUCUCCGAACAGCACCCAUAACAAGCUACGGUUUGCCGAUUAUCUGGGGAAACCCAUGACUGUUCAAGUGGUAUAAUAUUGCUGUAAACGUAUGGUGUGUAUUUAGCAUAAGAAAGCCUCGUUUUCACAGUACAGUGGUACCUCCGGUUGCGGACGGGAUCCACUCCAGAGCUCUGGUCGGAUCCUGAGGUUUCCACAACUGGAGGAACCAUUUCUGCGCAUGCGCAUGUGGUAAAAACCCGGAAAUAUAUCGGUACUUCCAGGUUUGCUGCUUAUGUAUCCCAAAGUUUAUGUAACCAGAGGGAUAUGUAAGCAGAGGUAUGACUGUGCAGUGGUACCUCGGAAGUCGAACAGAAUCCAUUCCGUAAGUCUGUUUGACUUCCAAAACGUUUGGAAACCAAGGUGCGGCUUCUGAUUGGCUGCAGGCAGCUCCUGCAGCUAAUCGGAAGUCGCAGAAGCCGUGUCGGAUGUUCAGGUUCCAAAGAACAUUCGCAAAUGGGAACACUCACUUCCAGGUUUGCAGCGUUUGGGAGCCAAAACGUUUGACUCGCAAGGCGUUUGGCUUUCAAGGUAUGACUGUACAUUUAAAGUACUAUGAUACCACUUUAAACAGUCAUGGCUUCCCCCAAACAGUCCUGGGAACUGGGGCAGCCUGUCUUGCUUCACUACCUGAGGUGAAACUGGAAUGUGCUGCUGCCACCACCUCAAAAGAAGCUUUGCUUACCUUUGCAGCCGUGAGUUCCAGGUUCUGGGGAGAUCUUAUGGGGUGCAAUCUUGCCACAGAGGAUCUCACCAGAAGCCACCACUUCUCACUUCUCUGGUGGUGAGAGUGCCACCACUUGAUAUUUCACUGCCUGACGCGGCUGCCUUAGUCCGCCUCAUGGGCAGGACAGUUCCCUGCUGGAAACUGUAGAUUGUUAAGGGUGCGAGACUCUUAGCCACUUUGAGACUCCUUAAAGGGAGUGAAAGGCAAGAUAUCAAGUCCAAACUCCUCCUCCUCCUCCUCUUCUUCUUCUUCUUCUUCUUCUUCUUCUUCUUCUUCUCCUUCGGGUGCUAUGAGACCCCAGUUCCUCUCAUGGAGCUACAAUUCUUGGAGCUUCUUGGGGAGAAGGAUUGAUUGUUAAAACUCUCUGAGAAUUGUGGUUCUGUGAGGACCAGCACUCUGUUCCUGCACCCUGGCUCAGCUGGAACACUGCUGGUUUAUUCUGGGCUCAGCCAUCAGAAUUUAAAUUUGUGUAAUUUAAGCUGGCAUAAGUUACCAAAAAAGGUUGGGAUGGGGCAAGGAGAGACACCUUUAACCAAACCAUAUUCAUCUUGGGCAAGUAACCUUGGGCCCAAUCCUUAAAGUGUGGGCCCACACUCACCUGCCACACGAGAAGAAGAAGAAGAAGAGUUUGGAUUUGAUAUCCCUUUUUAUCACUACCUGAAGGAGUCUCAAAGGGGCUAACAUUCUCCUUUCCCUUCCUCCCCCACAACAAACACUCUGUGAGGUGAGUGGGGCUGAGAGACUUCAAAGAAGUGUGACUGGCCCAAGGUCACCCAGCAGCUGCAUGUGGAGGAGUGGGGAAGCAAACCCGGUUCACCAGAUUACGAGUUUACUGCUCUUAACCACUACACCACACUGGCUCCUAAAUGGAGUUUGGGAUAGGUGUAAUUUCGAUUGGCAUGAAUUAUGCCAGCCUACAUUGCAUCAGCUUUCUAUAGUUAGGAUUGAUCUGUUAAUCUGAGCUGGAUUUUCAAAGGCCUGUCUUUAACAAAUAACUGACAGCAUUCAUUAUGAUUUAUUUGAGAGCUCUUACCUUUGUCCCUUUUUAAUCUGGAGAGUAAAAGUCAAAACAUCUUAGGGACUCUUUGUUCCUUGGCUGUUCCAACUUCUGAUUACCCUUGGCUCCAAAUUGCCACAGGAGUAUGAGCAAGGAGCUGGUUUGUACUCUUCUUUACACUACUCUAUAUCAACAGAAAGCUGUAAACCCAUCAGUGUUAAUUGCGCUGCUGUGGUUUACCCGCUGUUGUAAAUGAGGUGAGAAGCCAGAUCAGGAACUGUAAAGUGCUCAGUGUAUAGCAGCAGUAGUAUUUGAAAACAAGCCAGAAACAGUGUAUUACUUUGACUGAUGCUUUGUUUAUGGCUAUAAAAAAGCACACACAAACCCAUAAUGAAAUAAGAUACUCUCAAGGAUUAUCCUGUGAGCUUGGUGGUGGUUCCAUUAAAUGCUUGCGAUGACAAAAAUAACAACCCAGAUUUCAGUAUCUUUUAAGCAUUCCAUCGUGGUUCAGUGGUAGAGCAAAUAUAUUGCAGGCAGGCAGAAGGUCCAUGGCUUCUCCAGGUAGUAUGGUCUCAUAUGUUCCUCUUAACAGAAGACAGUCCUCUGUCUCAGGGAUGGAGAGCCUGAUGUUGCCGAACUUCAACACCCAUCAUCUCUGACCGCUUGGCCAUAUUGGCUUGGGUGGCUGGGAGUGGGAGUCCAGCAACAUCUUGAGGGACAUUGAUCCCCCAUUCUUGCUAUUCUUUGAAGGGCUCUAAGAGGACAGUUCUCUCUUUGAAAGGUUACCUGGCUUAAAGAUGGUUUAAAGAUAAAGAACCGUAAGAAAGGAGGAGAGCAGUGGCUGACUUUUUAAUCUCCCGCAGUGUCUUGGAGCAACUCUGUCUUGGGGCAUUAUGGGAAAUGUAAAUGGUGGUGUCCCAACCCAGCAGCUUUGUUGUUACCCAGCACUGCCCCCUGGGGCACAUGAAUAUACGUGGGGGUCCCAUCAAAAGUCAACUUCUGUAUCUUUUUCUCCCCCCCUGCUCCAAAAAAAUCUAAACUUCCCCUCAGUCAAGAUGGCAGACUGAAUCAUUCCAGAGUUUACUGACUGGGACACCUCAAAAGUUAUUGUCACACCAUUUGGUGUGAUGGUUGCUGAACUGGAGGCGGUGGCUUUGGUCUAUAUUUGGAUAACAGCGGACUCCACUAGGUAUUCUCUGUAACGUAUCCAUGCUUAUAUAUCACAUUUGCAGAAUUCCAUAUCCCCUCCAACAGUUUCAAAUACCAGGAGAUAUGUUAUUUGCUAAGUUUAAAAACACACACACAUUGGAAAGAAUCCUAAAAUAGACAGGGCCAAAGGAGUGUGACUGAUCGGAAUCAAAGGGCAAACAAACUAGACACUGACCUGGCAUAACCCACAAAAGCACUUCAGGUUUCUCCUCUGUGCCAUGAGUCAUUCCGUGUCACUCAGUCAGAGCGCAAGCUCCUGGAGGAGGAAAAAUUCAGCUAAUGGUUUCUCUUUCCACAGAAUAAAAGCCUUCCACGAGCUUGCUCACAGGAUCCUUAAUAAGUAUGGGGAGGGUGCAUGAAGGAUGGAAAAGUCAACGUUGUUGUGGGGAAAAUACGUGACAUGGUAAGGAAGUGGGAACAGACCAAAAGGGUUGAUGUGCUAGCACUUCUGGAAAAGUCUCCUCCCAGACCAGAAAUCCUUUAGGUGAAGAUUCCAAGAAUCAAACCUGGACCUUCAGACAUAGAAGGUACUCCUCAGCUUAGGGCUGGCUAAAAGUUCCCCAAAGUAAGUUCCCUUUUAAAGUAAGGAGCAAAAUAAACUCCACUCAUUGCAUGGGGCAAAUUUUGAAAACUGGGGGCUGGGGAGAUGGGAAAACGCUGACGACAGCUCACUGGCCUUUUCCCCAAACCAGUUUGCUGAGGCACCAUUUUGAAUUCCCUACAAUGUGCCACGUAGGGUGAUUCUGAGGAUUUCAAAAUGGCCACUGGCAACAUGGACAAGUCGGAAGGUGCACUGUUGAGUUUUGGAAACACAAAGACACCUCUUCUCUAGGAACUAGAGCUGGCAUGGGGCUGGGGAUCCCUUCCAUGGGCGGCAGAACUCUGUAUCUUCUUGUGUUGCUCCUCUUGGGUGCAUGAGCUGCCAAGGAGCGUCCUAGGGCUCCUCCAGAUUUAUUGACCAUUCAUCCUCUGCUUGCGCAAAGCUUAUGCAGAAAUUAGACCUUUGCAUACACACCAUACAUUUAAUGCACAUAAUGCCUAGGAACUGUAUUUUGUUCAGGGUGCUUUAAAUGUAUGGUGCAUGGGUAGGCAAACUAAGGCCAGUGGACCGGAUCCGGCCCAAUCGCCUUCUCAAUCCGGCCUGCAGCCGGUCCGGGAAUCAGCGUGUUUUUACAUGAGUGGAAUGUGUCCUUUUAUUUAAAAUGCAUCUCUGGAUUAUUUGUGGGGCAUAGGAAUUCGUUCAUUUUUUCCCUUCAAAAUAUAGUCCGGCCCCCCACAAGGUCUGAGAAACAGUGGACCGGCCCCCUGCUGGAAAAGUUUGCUGGCCCCUGGGGUGCAUACACAGGCUUUAUGGACCAUUCAUUCUGAUCUGCCUGUGAGGAGGUUAUAUAACAAUGAACAUUCAUCCUCAUUUCAUCUCAUUUGUUUGUGUGGUGGACGAUUACAUGUAUUGCCAUGAGCCGUUUGUCCCACACUAUUUAGUGUGUUUACACAUCAUUUUCCCUAACUUAAAAAAACCAAAAAACAAAUAAACCAUGUUUUUAAAAAUAAAAAUAAAAGUAGAUUUGUUGCACCAGAAUGCUUUAAUCCGCUUUGAUUGCACAAACCAAAAUUUCCGGUAUGCAAUUGCAGCCCUACCACAUAAUACUGGCAGUCUGGAGAUGACUCAAGACAACAGGCUAAGCGCACCCAUUGACCAGGCCAGCUCAGCCUGGCAACUUAGAAAAGAAUUAGCAACAAGGCAAAACCAGAGCAAGACUGCAAAACCAGUCACCGUUGAAUUCAAAUGUCAGACAGACCAAAUACAGUGGUGCCCCGCAAGACGAAUGCCUCGCAAGACGAAAAACUCGCUAGACGAAAGGGUUUUGCGUUUUUUGAGCUGCUUCGCAAGACGAAUUUCCCUAUGGGCUUGCUUCGCAAGACGAAAACGUCUUGCAAGUUUGUUUCCUUUUUCUUAAAACCGUUACAGUAAUACAGGGUGCAUUGCUUGAAGAGGUGCAGUUGCGACUUGACUUCGAGGAGCAACUCAUAGCACGCGGUGUGGUAGCCUUUUUUGAGGUUUUUGAAGACUUUGGUGAUUUUUGAAGCUUUUCCAAAACUUCUUUUGCAGCCAUUUGGUAAGUUAAACUUUUAAAACUUUUUUGGGGGUUUUUGGAUUUUGGGUUGGGGUGUUUGGAAUUCAAGGACUUGGUGUUGGGGAGGGGUUUGCAAGAAUCUGGAAGCUUGUGGUUUUUUUCCUGCAUUUUUAUGAUUUUUUGUGACCAUUGGGCCACUCUGCUGUUUUUUUAAAAAAAAAUUCUGGGUUUGAAUUUCUGUGUGGUGGGUGGCUGGGGGAACAGUUGAGGAGGGGUUUGCAAGAAUCUGGAAGCUUGUGUGGUUUUUUUCUUAAUUUUUAUGAUUUUCUGUGACCAUUGGGCCACUCUGCUGUUUUUUUAAAAAAAUUCUGGAUUUGAAUUUCUGUGUGGUGGGUGGCUGGGGGAACAGUUGAGGAGGGGUUUGCAAGAAUCUGGAAGCUUGUGUGGUUUUUUUCUUAAUUUUUAUGAUUUUCUGUGACCAUUGGGCCACUCUGCUGUUUUUUUAAAAAAUUUCUGGAUUUGAAUUUCUGUGUGGUGGGUGGCUGGGGGAACAGUUGAGGAGGGGGUUCUUCAGCAAGAAGCAAAGAGUGGAAGAGGAACCGUCUUCGAGUUGUCCCCCAGAGUCUUAGAAAAUGUACUGUACACUUUGUUGAUUUUUAAAUGUUUUUCUGUCAUGUUUAGAAACUUAAUUCCUUCAAUUUUUGAAAUGCUCUUUACAGUAUGUGUGACUUUAAAGAGCACUUAAUAAACUCUUGUUGUACCAAAUUUGGCUUUGUUUGGACUUUUUUUGACCAUAGGAACGCAUUAAUUGAAUUUCAAUGCAUUCCUAUGGGAUUUCGUGCUUCGCAAGACGAAAAAUUCGCUAGACGAAAAAAUCCGCGGAACGAAUUAAUUUCGUCUUGCGAGGCACCACUGUAUAAACUCGGAUACAUAAGUAUUUUGGGGAGGUUCUGCUGUAGAUAGGGGACUGAUAUUAUAGAGCAACAAAGAUUUCAGAAAAUUUCACUGGUCAGAAAUGACAUUGCAUCAAAAGAGUACAGUAUCCUUAUGCCAAAUUGGCUGACUUUGCCAAUUUGGUAAUGCAAGUUGUGCUGGUUUUUUUGUUUUUGUUUUAAAGCAUCACAUAGUUAACAUCAUUUAGGUCAAGUCGUGUCUCCUGUUUCCGGGUCUCUUUCACAGGAAGUGAUUGGCUAACUCAGCCCCCCCUUUGUGUUAGGCAGGGGUAAUAAAACAUUUAUUUCACAACCUUUAGAUCAGCAGCAAACUCAUCUUCCUGGAGGAAUAAAAGAAAUGGAGAGUUUUGUUGUCGUAUGAACAAAAACUGCUUUGGGGAUUGUUGUUGCACUGCAAAGCCUUGCUGUGAAUUCAGCAAUAGUUGUGUGAGUAGAGGAGCAAGGAAUUUGGAAGCCAGCUUUUUAAGCAUAACUUUUUGAGCAUAACUGGUGACAAUUGCUGCGAUUUUAAAGGUAGCAUCUAGAAAAGGUUUGUCAGAGUACUGAAAGGAAAUUCCUUAAAGAGUUAAUUUCAAUCCAAAUAACUUUAUUGUGCUAGCCAUUGGCCAUGACAAAUCUGAAUAAAAAAUAAAUAGAAGCAAAAGGGAUGCCGUGCCACAAAUACAGUUGUACCUUGGAUCUCAAACGCCCUAGCUACUGAACAAAUCGACUGCCAAACGUUCGAAACCCGUGAGUGUUCUGGUUUUCAAACGUUCUUUUGGAACCCGAACAUCCAAUGGGGCCUCCACAGGAGGAGUUUCCUGCAGCCAAUCGGAAGCCGUGCUUUGGUUUCUGAACGUUUUCGAAGUUGAACGGAGUUCCGGAACGGAUUCCAUUCGACUUCCAAGGUACGACUGUCAUAGUCUCUCUUUAGAUCUUUGUGUUUCUCUUAUAGUUCACUGCUAUAUUGUCCAGUUGGCAACGUAUCUGACGCCACAUCUGUCAACCAUGGCACUUAAGUAGGCUCUCAUUGUACAUACACCAUACAUUUAAAUUACAUUUAAAGCACAUGGCUUCCCCCAAAGGAUCUUGGGAACUAUAGUUCACCCUCUCACAAAUCUACAUUUUCCAGCACCUUAAAAAAACAAGAACAACUAUAGGCUGCAACAUGCUGCAGGGUUGACCCUGACUAGGAAUGAGUGAACGUGUCAGUAUCGGUUUCACUAAUUUUUCCACUCUUAAAGUCAAUUCUCGACACUCCACAUUUUUCAUUGGGGGAAAAAACCCAUGGAAAUCCUGCAUAUGUAUUCUCAUAAACGUUCCUUGGCUAGAGAAUCGCAUUGUAAAUGUGAAAGAAGUUCAAACCAAUUUUUGGUUCUCAUAUUGUUUCGGAAAUUGUGGAUUUUCUUUCAGUGCUAAUUGAAUCUAAUUUCUCCGCUGUCCUUAGCCCUGACCAUCCUUCAAACCACUUUGUGCUUUACACAUGAAAGAGAGUAAAUUGCACCCAAACAGGAGAAAUAGCUUAGUUUCCUUAAUUUAGACAAGGAACAGAAUCCAUGCUUUUUUCUUUUGCCACAGAAUUGAGGUCACCUUUGUGCAGAUUUUUAUUUUAAAUACGAAGUACGCAUAGCCCCGUGAAUGCUUUUCUCCUUUUUCCUUCAUCAUGGCUUUUGCUGACUUCUCUACCCAUCUCACCACUCCCCUUUCUCUUUUGGAGCUUUGGUUUAAAUUUAAAAUUAAAUGGGUGAUAUCCAAAGUAAUAAAUUAAAGGGCAUCUGAGGAGUCUUAAGGACUGAGCUUCGAAGCAAUAGAGCCAUGGAGAAACCAUGUAAUUUUCAAAGGCCUUUAUGUGGCGUGUGGGGUAGGCUGUUGGCUCUUUAAAAUUAUUCACUGGAAGAAAUUCUGGAUGGCUGAGGAUUAAAUCUGAUCAUAAAGUGUGGUUUUACUGUGAAGAAUAACAUUGUAAAAAUGCCACUUUCAUAGUCAUCAGAAUCUGUUCAUUGUGUGUGUGUGUGUGUGUGUGUGUGUGUGCGUAAAGACAUCUGUUAACAGCCAGGCCAAACUACUUUUCUACAGUUUCGUUUUCAAACAGAGCUAAAAGGCAAAUAUUCCUAGCCUAGGCCAGUUUGCUGCCUGAGGUAGAUUGUGCUCCCUCAGGGUGACCAUAGACUCAGCUACCUUAGUCAAAAAGCAACAUUUUGAAUGUGUUAUAAACAUGCAACACCAGAUGGCGCUGGAGAGUAAAAGAAAAUUCAGUGCGAUUUUCCAUAGCGGGUCCCCCCCCCCUUUCGUUAUAAGAAUUUAAUGUUUGACUUAUUUAUAGGGUCGUUUCCCACCCCCACCCCCCAUGAUGGGCAGAUCCACCCCAUGUUGCCUUUCUUACACAGAAAAGUCCUCUGGUUGCAAUGGUUGUGACUUUUUAGUUUAGAGAAAAGGCAAGAAUUGACAUGAUACGAAAGAAAUUUAUAAAAUCGUGCGUGAAAGUAAAACAAAAUUAUGCGUGGCGUGGAUCGGAAAAAUGGUGGGGUUUUUUCUCCCUCUCUUAUAAAGCUAGGACUCCCUGUUCAGGGAAGUUUUUAAUAUGUAAUGCUGUACUGUUUUUAACACUUGAUUGGGAGCCGCCCAGAGUGGCUGGGGAAACUCAGCCAGAUGGGCGGGGUAUAAAUAAUAAAUUAUUAUUAUUAUUAUUAUUAUUAUUAUUAUUAUGGACACCCAACAAAGUUGAAACACUGGAAGAUUCAGGGCAGAUAAAAGAAAGGGCAGUUAAACUAUGAAACUCCCGCAGGAGGCAGCUAUAGUCACCAACUUGGCUGACUUUAAAAAGAGAAUUUGACAGAUUCAUGGAUGAUCAAGGGCCGCUAACCCUCAUAGCUAUGUUCUGCCUCUAUGGUCAGAGGCAGUAAUGUUCCUGAAUACCAGUUGCUAGAAACCACAGGAGAGCAAAAUGCUCUUGUGCUCAAGUCCGGCUUGCAGGUUUCCUCGGUCAUCUGGUAAGCCACUGUGAGAACAGGAUAAUGGACUAGAUGGGCCACUGGCCUGAUCCAGCAGGCUCUUUAAAAAAAAAACAAAAAAAACAGAAUGGAACGAUUUAUUAGAAUCCUUUUAGCAGGAAAAAAAAAUCACACACUGCUAUUUCUUCGAACCCCAUCAUGCGAUAAGCCACCAAAGGUUCUCAUUACCUGAUAAAACCAUUUUGCAUAUAUUCUGUCAGCCCUUCCUUCCCCACAAAUCCAUUUAUAGCCGUGAUUUUAUUAGCAGCAAAAUUUUCUUACCAUGAAUCCCAUCUUGGUGCAAAAUGUUUACCAAGGGCCAAGACUUUAAUGGAGCUCUUGCAAAUAGUUUUUCUUUUUUCUUUUGAACUACAGUGGUACCUCUGGAUGAGAACGGGAUCCGUUCCGGAGCCCCGUUCACAUCCUGAAGCGAACGCAACCAGAGUCUGCUUGUGAGCGGGUUGUGAUUCGCCACUUCUGUGCAUGUGUGUGACGUCAUUUUGAGCGUCUGCGCAUGCGCAAGCGGGGCGAAACCCGGAAGUAACAUGUUCCAUUACUUCCGGGUUGCCGCGGAGUGUAACCUGAAAACGCUCAACCCAAAGCUACUUCAACCCGAGGUAUGACUGUACAGUGGUACCUCAGGUUACAUACGUUUCUGGUUACAUACGCUUCAGGUUACAGACUCUGCUAACCCAGAAAUAGUACCUCGAGUUAAGAACUUUGCUUCACGAUGAGAACAGAAAUCGUGCUCUGGCGGCGCGGCGGCAGCGGGAGGCCCCAUUAGCUAAAGUGGUGCUUCAGGUUAAGAACAGUUUCAGGUUAAGAACGGACCUCCAGAACGAAUUAAGUACUUAACCCGAGGUACCACUGUAUUAUUGUUUUGAGUCGGAAGAAAAUAAAGGGGAAUAGGAAGGACUGGGCAUUCUCUCUUUACAAUGGUGAGAAUACCUAGCUCUUUCUUUACCAGCAGGCUCUUCUUGAAAGACUGUCAGAAGCACAGGAGUAACCUUUCUGCAGGGCCGGCCCACCUGCGAGGCAAGCUGAAGCAGCUGCCUUGGGCAGUGGAAUUCUGUGGGUUGGCACUCCACUUGCACCUUCGGCCACUACUGGGGCCGUGUGGUGGCUUUUUCAUCCGGCGAGAUCUUGCAGAACUCUUGUGAGAUCUCAUGGAGCUCCAUAAUGUCUCACCAGAAGAAGCCGUGAUCACUGCCGCCACAUGACCCUGAUAGGCAAGGCAGUGGGGGAAUGGCACCUGCCCGUUUUCCCUCAGGCGGCGAAAUGGGAUGGGGCCCUGGUUUAAAGGGAAAGAAGGGAGAGUGGGGAGAGCAGUGGCUUGAAGUUGUCCACAGUUGGCCAUUGUGGUACCCUUCAGAGCAGUGCUCUUUUUCUAGAAAAAGAGGUGCCGCAACUCACCUCCCUCUUGCAUGGCAAGGUCCUGACCCCCGCCACGAGGUUGAAUAAGACACUUGACGCUUUGAAUAAACACUCACAAACUUUUUAUUGAUAAUAACCAGUUAGACAAAUUAAGGAUUUAUACAAUUUUGUAACAUGCAGAGAAUAGCAUUUAUAGUGAAACAAGAGAUUGGAACUGAGGGAAGUCGGGGUGGUGGUGAGGAGGGGGGGUUGUUUUAUGGGAGGGGAAUGGGGGGGGGAAUUAAGGAUGAUGUGGUUUAAGAUAAUAUGCUCUGUCUAAAUUCCUAAUUAAAAAAUUAUUUAAAAAAGAAUAAGACACUUGACAACAGUAUUUUAGGUCAAUGGGCUAAAAAAGGCCACAACUUUAUUGGUUACAGAUUGUGAGCAGUAUUGGCUUAGGCAUUGGACCUAACCGACUAUAUCUGACUCCUGCCCGUCUGUGCAGAGUCCAGGAAGGGUUAACCACCAGUAAGGGGAGUCCUGCUGAUGCACAUCAACUAGGAGCUCCCCCCGGGCCACCGAUAGGGGUCGUGCCUUAGGCCCUAGCCUCCCCAGGCUUCGGACAGGGCCACCCCCCCCCCGGAAUCCUUUAACGCAGUGGUUCUCAACCUGUGGGUCCCCAGAUGUUGUUGGACUACAACUCCCAUCAUCCCUGAGCUCUGGCCUUGCUAGCUAGGGGUGAUGGGAGUUGUAGUUCAACAACAUCUGGGGACCUACAGGUUGAGAAAGGCUGCUUUAAUGGAAUACCCUUCAAUGUGCAGGGGAGGUGAUGGUGCUACCUCCCCUCCUCUCUUCUCUUCUUCCAAUGCCUAACCGCCCAGCUGGAAGAGCGAAAAGGGGUGAGGCUCCCCUUAAAUCAAGCAGGCCACACCCCCAGAGCUUGGUUGCCUGGGCAGUGACGCAGCUGGGAAUCCCUCCCCCCAAUCGCGCAGGGCUGACCACACCCCUGUGCAUGUGAAGGGGUUGUGAGUGCCCGCAGCUCCACCUCCUCCUAAGGCGGAAGUGGCUUUCUCCUAGAACAGCGAUGGCACCCACCUGAGAGGUGCCUGAAUUGAGUUCCAGCGUGUUCCCUCCUGGAAAAAUGCCCUGCUCCAGAGCAUCAAAGAGCAAAUCCAAAUUGUAAAUCAAACCCUUUGUUUACUCUGUUUGGAAGUGGUUGUGUAUCCUUUACUUUAAAAACAAAAAACAAAAAGUCACUACAGUAGUACCUCAGGUUACAGACGCUUCAGGUUACAGACGCUUCGGGUUACAGACUCUGCUAACCCAGAAAUAGUAUCUCGGGUUAAGAACUUUGCUUCAGGAUGAGAACAGAUAUCGCGUGGUGGCGGCACGGAGACAGCAGGAGGUCCCAUUAGCUAAAGUGGUGCUUCAGGUUAAGAACAGUUUCAGGUUAAGAACGGACCUCCGGAACGAAUUAAGUUCUUAACCCAGGGUACCACUGUAUUCAGAAAGCUCUCAUCCAAACAGUGGAGUGCUGUUGCUGAGAGAGAGUUUGCAUGAGCUUUCCGCAAGAAAUGGCAAAUAAAAAUGCCUUGGAGAUCCAUCAGUUCAUUUGUCACUUUGUCAUUUCUACGCUGGUGGUGAAUUCCCAUAUGUAGUCUGACAUAUAAUGCCUACACUGUUUCUCUGAAAUGGGGGGCGUUCCCCCCCCCUUUUCCUGCCAGGAAAAUAUGGAAAUUUUUCUUCUCUGCCCACAUGCAGUAUAGAAUUGUUAAAAAUGCCCAUCUUCUUGUUUCUAGGCAGUGGGAACAGAUGUGCAGUUUGGGCCUAUGAGACUCCACCAAGAUCAACUUCAGGUAAGACGUGCCAACCAAAAAUCUUGUUUAUUUCCCACAUAUAUAAACUGCAAAUGCUGCCCAAGGCUGCUCAUAGCAGGGCACAAUGACAACAAACAGACCAAGGCCAAAUAGCAAUGCAUGGAACAGUAAAAAUGAAAACUAUCCUAACGUUGAACUAUUAUGGCCAGGUGGUCAGUGCAGCUAGUGGUUAGAUCACCAGACUAAAACUGAGGAGACCUUGGUUCCAAUUUCCCACACACUACCCUUCACCACUGCAACCCGAUUGCUUGCUUGCGUCUUGCUCAAAAAUUUAGCAGAUAUACUUCAAUACAAUUCAAAUUUGUAUUUUCUCAAUUUCCUGCCCCAUUUUCACGGUAUUUUAAUUUCUCCCCCUCUGCUACACAUGGCAUUCUGUUUCUUAUACCAACACAUCAAUACUGCAUUCUCUAAUUCCUUCUGUUGCUUAUAAUUAAAAUCCUCCUUGCUAUAUAAUAUUUCUAUUAUAAUAUUUCCUUAAAUAGUUGGGAAAGGGCUUCCAUUCUUCCACAAAACAGUCCUUGUUAGAUUCUCUUAUUCUGACUGUUAACUUUGCCAAUUCUCCAUAAUCCAUCACCUUAUCCAUUCUUCUUUGGUGUGAACUUCUUCUUCCUUCCGUUUUUGUGUGUGGGGAAUCCUAGCUGCUGAUGUUACACAAACAACAACAAAAUGUUCUGAAUUGUUUCUGGUGAGUGCCGGUCAUGGGCCCCUGUCAUAUUUCAACAGGGAUACUUUUUUUGCAAAACAGGGGCAGCCAUAGCAAAGCCGCUGCUCCGAGUUACUGCAGAGUGAGCUUCUGAGAUCUUUGAAACUUUUAGGAGACGCUCUCUCAAAGAAAAGGGAUAAGGCAGUCUCUCAAGUUACUUGCUCUUGAGCUGUGUAUGUUCAUUCAGAAACUUUGCCAAAAGUCUGCUGCAGAGCUCCCCAGGCUUCCAUGUUUCUGCUUGGUGGGAGGGAUUUGGUUGGGUACCAAAAUGCUCUUCCUUCAUCCGAUUUGUCCUCAAUUUGCUUCACUAAAUAUAGCUUAAAGUGCAGCAUGAUUUUGGGUGGGGGUUUCUUUCAACAAAGAGUCCCCCCCCCAUUGCCCUCGGAAGCUAUAAAUGGAAGCCGGGCUUUAAAUAAAUUCGAAGUCCCUCUCUCUUUCUCUUAUAAAAUUAUGCAUUAAAUACAAACAGGGAGAUUUCGUGAAAGGCAUUCCGCUGAACCUAAUCAAAGGGUAAGCGCCAUUGGAAUGCCUGGAAUUGCUCAGAAGGGUAAACCGAAGUGUUACAAGGGACCGUAUUUAAUUACAAUUGCUAGAUGUCGAAGGUUUAUAAGGGGGAAAAUGGAGAGCAGCCAUAGGCGCAGGAGAAAGUCGGCUCAGUUAACAUUUAAAGGUGAACCUUCCCCAUCUGCACUUUCAGAAAAAGCCCACAAACCAAAACACUGCCAUCCUUCGGAAUUUGCAUUUCUCUGAAUUUUGCAGCUUCUCUGUAGUGGCUCCCUGUUUGUAGAAUGCUCUCUCCAGGGAGGUUCGCCAAGCGCCUUCAUUAUAUAUUUUUAAGUACCAGGCGAAAACCAGGUCUAUGGCUGAUUAAUAUUCUACAGCCUUUGCAAUGUGUCUGUGGGGAGGGUGUGUGUGUGUUAGUGUUUUGCAGUUUUGUUUUUAAUUAUUUACUUGUUUUUAUCCUGAAUUUUAUUCUGUGAACUGCCCUGAGAUCUUACGAUGAAGGGUGAUAUAUAAAACGAAGCAAAAUGAACAAAAUAAAAGGAAAGACAAGGAAAAACUAAGACCCAGAAGGCCAGGGUUCAAAUCCCCACAGAGCCACGAAGCCUUGGCCAGUCACUGUCUUUUAAGCCCAACCUCCCUCACAGGGUUGUUGUGAAGAUAAAAUGGGGAGGAGAACUAUGUCUGCCACCUUGAGCUCCUUGGAGGAAAGAUGGGAAAGAAAUGUAGCUCACUUUACAAUGAAAUGCCGGAGCUGUGAAUGAGUCAGUUAAGCUUGUGCAUCUUUUUUCCUCCAGUUGCUUACAUUCUCUUUUUCUUCUCUCUCUCUCUUUCUUUUUCUUUCUUUCUUUCUUUCUUUCUUUCUUUCUUUCUUUCUGUUAUGUACUGAAGUUCUCACCCUGGACCAGCAGGGGGAUACUGUAGAUAGUUAUGCAAAUAAGGGAUCGAAAGUGACGUUCAGUGAUUGGAUGGUUUUAGAAAGUUGUUACAGUUGCGUUGUACUGGAGCUCUAUAUAAGCAGGCUGACUGAACCCUUCAAUUCAGAUCUGUUCUGGCCUGUGAAUAAACAAGAGCUGUUUGAAGAAUCGCUGUGUCGUCUGAUAUGUUCACCCACAACUUAACACUUUCUUUCUCUCUCUCUCUCUCUCUGUGAUGUGAUAUACAGUCGUACCUUGAGAGUCAAACAGCUUAGUUCUCGAACAUUGCAAACACGGAAGUGACUGUUCCAGACUGCAAACUAUUUUUGUUUUUUUGCUUUUUAAAUGAUAUUUAUUACUUUUUCAAAAUUUCCAACACAACACUACAAACAAAAAGAAAAAGAAAAAAACAAAAAAACAAUAUGAAUACAAUACAAAAACGCUACAUGGGCUAACAAAUCAAGCAAAAACAAACAAAAACAAUUUAAAAACAUCUCAAACAUUUUCAAUAUCUUAUAUUUCAUUCACUUAUUUCCAGCGACUUCCUCACACCUCCCUUUUUGUAUUCCACUUCUAUUAUUUGUUUCAGCAAUUCCUUUCCAUCUUACUCUGUUUUCUGUUCUAUAAUUAUCUUAACACAUUCUUGCCAUACUUUUCCUUUAAUUUUCUAUUAAUCUAUUUAUACUUAAUUCCUUAUGACAUUUCUACUAACGCCAUGUAAUUUCAUUCCAACAUUUUUCUAACCUUCCUUAAUUUUACAAUAUUUCUAUAAAUAGUCUUUAAACUUUUUCCAAUCUUCUUCCACCAACUCUUCACCCUGGUCUCGGAUCUUGCCAGUCAUUUCCGCCAAUUCCCUAUAGUCCAUCAACUUCGUCUGCCAUUGUCCAACACUUCAGUGUUUUCAAGAAGCAACCAUUCUCUCAACCAGCAAAAGGCAGAUGGUUCACAACGAAGUUUAAAGGUCUGGCAGGGCAGGUCCACCUCCUUCUUUAGCAUCCAUCAAUAUCUUAAGCUUAACUCGAGGCUUCCUGCCCUGCCAAACAACUCUAGGAGCAUCCCUCUGCCACCUCCUGAGACCCUCCAUCCCAUCCAGAGCUUGCAAUGUUUGAAACAAAAGCAACAUCCCCAGCAACACAGCAGCCCUCAUCCCCACCACAAUAACUCGACCCAACAACUUCUGAUUUGUCCAUAUUUCCAAAUCCCCCUUCUCUUCAAUCCAACAUCCUUCACAGUUGUCCUUAAGCAGAUUCACAUUUUUGGCGGUCAUACUAACCAUACUAACCCCCAAAUACCUCUCUUUCUCAAUCAAUGUUAGUCCUGUCGCCUCCUGAAACUCUGUCAGGCUUUCCUUUUCCAAUUCAGAUAGGGCUCUGGUCCUCAAAUUCAUCCAUUCUUCUUUAAGUUCAAUCAUAACGAAUGUCAGCUUAUGUUCAUCAAGUUGUCUUUGUAUGGAUGGGACUCUCCUCUCCAGUUGUAUUACUUUAGAUUCAGCAGCAAGGGUUUUUUCCCUGACUUCAUCUGCAGUUUGCCGUAUCAAAGUAGAUUCCUGUAUCAGUUUCUGGGUGGUUUCUGAAUUGGUGUUCACCUUUUGUCCCAAAUUAUUUAAACUUUCUACAAUUAAAUCAGUUUCAAUAUUUGCAACAUCCAAUUUCACAUUUAUCGCAUCUGUUUUCUUAUGGAGUUAGAAUCAUAGAAUCAUAGAGUUGGAAGAGACCACAAGGGCCAUCGAGUCCAACCCCCUGCCAAGUAGGAAACACCAUCAGAGCACUCCUGACAUAUGGUUGUCAAGCCUCUGCUUAAAGACCUCCAAAGAAGGAGACUCCACCACACUCCUUGGCAGCAAAUUCCACUGUCGAACAGCUCUUACUGUCAGGAAGUUCUUCCUAAUGUUUAGGUGGAAUCUUCUUUCUUGUAGUUUGGAUCCAUUGCUCCGUGUCCGCUUCUCUGGAGCAGCAGAAAACAACCUUUCUCCCUCCUCUAUGUGACAUCCUUUUAUAUAUUUGAACAUGGCUAUCAUAUCACCCCUUAACCUCCUCUUCUCCAGGCUAAACAUGCCCAGCUCCCGUAGCCGUUCCUCAUAAGGCAUCGUUUCCAGGCCUUUGACCAUUUUGGUUGCCCUCCUCUGGACACGUUCCAGUUUGUCAGUGUCCUUCUUGAACUGUGGUGCCCAGAACUGGACACAGUACUCCAGGUGAGGUCUGACCAGAGCAGAAUACAGUGGCACUAUUACUUCCCUUGAUCUAGAUGCUAUACUCCUAUUGAUGCAACCCAGAAUUGCAUUGGCUUUUUAGCUGCCGCGUCACACUGUUGGCUCAUGUCAAGUUUGUGGUCAACCAAGACUCCUAGAUCCUUUUCACGUGUACUGCUCUCAAGCCAGGUGUCACCCAUCUUGUAUUUGUGCCUCUCAUUUUUUUGCCCAAGUGCAAUACUUUACAUUUCUCCCUGUUAAAAUUCAUCUUGUUUGUUUUGGCCCAGUUCUCUAAUCUGUCAAGGUCGUUUUGAAGUGUGAUCCUGUCCUCUGGGGUGUUAGCCACUCCUCCCAGUUUGGUGUCAUCUGCAAAUUUGAUUAGGAUGCCCUUGAGUCCAUCAUCCAAGUCAUUGAUAAAGAUGUUGAAUAAGACCGGGCCCAAGACAGAACCCUGUGGCACCCCACUAGUCACUCUUCUCCAGGAUGAAGAGGAACCAUUGAUGAGCACCCUUUGGGUUCAGUCAGUCAGCCAGUUACAAAUCCACUGAGUGGUAGCAUGUUCAAGACCGCAUUUUACCAGCUUCUUUACAAGAAUAUCAUGGGGCACCUUGUCAAAUGCCUUGCUGAAAUCAAGGUAGGCUACAUCCACUGCAUUCCCUUCAUCUACCAGGCUUGUAAUUCUGUCAAAAAACGAGAUCAGGUUAGUCUGACACGACUUAUUUUUCAGAAAUCCAUGCUGACUAUUAGUGAUCACAGCAUUCCUUUCUAGGUGCUCACAGACUGUUUGUUUAAUGAUCUGCUCCAGAAUCUUCCCUGGUAUUGAUGUCAGACUGACUGGGCGGUAAUUAUUUGGGUCCUCUCUUUUCCCCUUUUUGAAAAUAAGGACAACAUUUGCCCUCCUCCAGUCUGCCGGGACUUCGCCUGUUCUCCAGGAAUUCUCAAAGAUGACUGCCAGUGGUUCUGAGAUCACAUCUGCCAGUUCUUUUAAUACUCUUGGAUGCAGUUCAUCUGGCCCUGGAGACUUGAAUACAUCUAGACUAGCCAAGUAUUCUUGUACUAUCUCCUUAGUUAUUCUGGGCUGUGUUUCCUUUGCUGAAUCAUUUGCUCCAAAUUCUUCAGGUCGGGCAUUGUUUUCUUUAUCGGAGAAGACUGAGGCAAAGAAGGCAUUGAGUUGUUCCAGCGAAUCGUUUAUUUUCAAUAAUUCAGCCACUAAGGCCUCCUCUGUCGACAUCCCGUCUGUUUUUUCCUUUCCGUUUGCCAUAACACUUAAGAGAUUCAAGGUCAAUUCCAAAGUCUCACACUUUUCGUAUCUUGCAGCUGAAAAUUCCCCUAGCCCAGCUCCUAUAAAGUAACCAAUUUCAAAAGCUUCCACUAGGGGAAAACAGGUUGUAUUUGUAUCGGUCAAUAUGUCCUCUUUUAAACACAGUUUCAAUAAUCCGAAGUUAGUUUCAAUUUUCAGUUACUUUCCUCCUUUUUUAAAAACAACCAGAAACAGUAGAAACAACGUAUUUCUCUUAUUUAGCUAGCUGUCAAUGAACGUUCUAAGCGCUGUCAAUGAACAUUCCAAAAAUAACCCCAAAAAAACCCAUCAGUCUUACUAGCAGCCCGUUUCCAGGGUCAGAGCGGUGGUGUUUUAAGCCUCUUCGCUCUCUCCCACAGGCAUACUCAAUCCGCAACUUCCCCCUCUCUUCUCCUGCCUCCAAGAGGGGGUUUAAUGUUCUUUACCGUUGGAAAUUUGAUCUUUUACAAAAGACCUUCCAGGACUCCAGCUUGCAACUUCGUUGCCUCAGUCUAUUUACAAAAAGGGAAGGCGGACUUCCUGUUUUGAACCUCCCGUUACGAUACCAAAUUAAACUUUUAGAGAUCCAAUUCUUCCGUUUCAGCUCUACUCACGGGUAAUUACUUUAAAGUCAAAUUGUCCACAGGAAAAGGUCAGCGCUCUCCGGCAACAGCUAUGCGGCUUCGCUCCGUGGAAGAAGCAGACGAUUCGAUGCACCGCGCCGCUCACCCCACGUCGCUCCGGAGCCCCAAAACCGGGGUUCCCCACGAGUGGGGAGGCGCAAAGGUGCCCGCCGAAUCCCACGUUCACAGGCUUCUCCCGCCUGUGAUUUUAACGGGUCUCCGCCUUCGCCGUGGCGGCCAGACCCAGAUUUCCACGAAGCAGAUUCCUCCCGGUCAGAGGAAUUCUGCCAUUGCUGGAGCAGACUGCAAACUAUUUUUGAAAGCCGAACAUCCAACGGGGCUUCCACAGCUUCCGAUUGGUUAUGGGAACUUCCUGCAGCCAAUCAGAAGCUGCGCUUUGGUUUUCAAACGUUUUGGACUCACCUCCAUUCCUUUCCAUUCCAUUUGACUUCCAAGGUAUGACUGUAUAUAUGUGUUUGUGUGUGUGAAAUGAAAAAUGCUCACUCCCCUUCUCUUUUCCUUGAGCCUAGGUACUUCUAGUGUUUGCCAAAGAAGACAACCAGAGUAAUGGAUUCUGCUGGGCAUGUGAGAAAGCUGGAUUUCGCUGUAACAUUGCCAGGACACCGGAAUCUGCCCUCGAGUGCUUUCUGGAGAAACACCACGAAAUCAUCAUUAUUGAUCAUAGGCAUUCAAGAUACUUUGAUGCAGAAGCUCUAUGCAGGUGAGUGCUCUGCCGUAGGCGCUUGGUGUGUGUGUGGGAAUAUUUUGAUACAUUUCAGCUCCAAGUUUAAUAACCUUCAAGACUGGACUACUGCAGUGCACUCUAUGUGGGGCUUCCCUUGGGCUUGAUCCAGAAGCUGCAACAUGAUUCCUGACAGGACUGAGACCUUGUCAGCAUACAGUAACUCCUCUCAGAGAUCUGCAAUGGCUACCAAUUUGCUACUGGUCUAAGUUCGAGGUGUUACUACUAGUAUAGUAUAGUAUAGUAUAGGGGACACGGGUGGCGCUGUGGUCUAAACCACUGAGCCUCUUGAGCUUGCCGAUCAGAAGGUCAGCAGUUUGAAUCCUGGCGACAGGGUGAGCUUCCGUUGCUCUGUCCCAGCUCCUGCCAACCUAGCAGUUUGAAAGCACGCCAGUGCAAGUAGAUAAAUAGGUACUGCUGCUGCGGGAAGGUAAACGGCAUUUCCGUGCACUCUGGUUUCCGUCAUGGUGCUUUGUUACGCCAGAAGCUGUUUAGUCAUGCUAGCCACAUGAGCUGGAAAGCUGUCUGUGGACAAACGCCAGCUUCCUCGGCCUGAAAGUGAGAUGAGCACCGCAACCCCAUAGUCGCCUUUGACUGGACUUAACUGUCCAGGGGUCCUUUACCUUUACCUUAGUAUAAUGUAUUAUUAUAUUAUGAUUUUUUUCCAUGCUUGUGCUGUUUGGGUAUAUUAAUGUUAAACAGUCUAAAACUGUUGUUGAAAUAAAUUUAAAUUAGCAAUCUUCAUUUUCAAAUAUGUGAUUAUGUUUUGAUGAUAUUUGAUCUUUUUAUUAUGAAUUAGUGGCUUUUAUGACAGCUGUGCUAAUUGGGGCUAAUUGGAAUUGCUUUCCAAGUUAUCUGGAGGAUACCAAGUUGAGGAAAGCUUUUCCAAUCAAUAGUUAAGAUUCAGUUUGGGGGGCUUUUUUAUUUAAACAUCUGUUAAUGGAAACAAAAUAAACACUGUCAUGCUUUCUUCAAGAUGUAUUGUGGAAUUUAUUGUUCUGAUUUCCCCCCUUGUUUUUAAAGGUCCAUUAGAACAAGAAAGCCGUCCGAAAACACUGUUAUCAUUGGUGUAGUGAGGAGGUAAAUGAGAAUUCCCAUUAUGUUUUUUAUGUUCACAUGUAAAAUAAUCUGUGAAUGCAAAGUUUGUGGUUGUAAGCCGAUAGUUCUGAAAACCAGCGUGGCCGACAACCCCAAUCACACUUACUGUUUGUAGCAUGUGUUUUUUUUACAGCUAUGGUUGUAAUAAUGUUCUUUCAGACUUGCAGGAGGGAGCUAUAACUGGGAAGCAGGUUGUGCAUUUUUAGAUAUAUAUGUAGAUUUUAAAAACACAAAGUUCCCAUGGAAUCCAGUAGGAGUUAUGCCUAUGUGACCUUUGCUGGAGUAUGGCCGUGACAGACAUCUCAUGCACCUUAUUUGCAAAGUGUCCUUCGACAGCAGACUGCAGAUGCUAACAUUUUUAGCUGGGAGAAAAAUAAAUGUCUGACAUCUGUCCAUUCCUCCUCUCCUUUUAAGGCAUGCAGAUCGUGAAGAAUCCUCAAUAUUACCCUUCAUUUCUGCUGGCUUCACGAGGGUAAGUCUGGUGUUUGAAGUUGAUAUUUGUAGCCCAUCUAUAUUUAGUUCACCUCUGAAUACCGAUAGUCUCAAUUCAUUUUGUGAAUGCCCAGGAAUAGAUACCUGUUUGCUCCUACUUUGGAGACAAACCGUACUUUUCUGUGUAAUAACACUCCCCCUAAUUUUUUUUGGGGUGGGGUGGGGUUCAGAAAAUCACUUACCAGACUGACAAACGUUGACUAUCGCUCACAUCGCAGAAGCGGCAGCCGUUCCAAAGCAACAAUUGCUGCGGCGACCAAUCACCCACCCAUCCACCCAAUGCCGCAGCAGCCAAUCCAAUCAAGCGCUUCACACAACCACCAAUCACCAACAAAAUCGCUGCUGACGAGCUCCUGCUCGAGCCUGCAACCAAUCACCCAUCUCCCACAACCCACUGUCUGUGUAUAAGACACCCCUGACUUUUUUAACAUUAUUUUACAGUAAAAAAAUCCUUGUCUUAUACACGGAAAAGUACGGUGUGUGUGUGUAUGUGCACACACACACUUACUGAGGGCACUUAUAUACUGCUUUAUCAUUAGCCUUUCCAAGUGGUGUACAUAAAAACAAACCAUGCAGAGAGUAAAACAAUAAAAGCCACCCUAGAUGUCCGCUGGAAUAAGAAAGUCCUAGUCAUGCCUGGAUAGCUCAUUCCGACUAAAGUUGAAAAAUGUCCCCGGAUUCAUUGGAAAAAAUCUGGUAACCUUAGUCUAGGACAAAGGAAGUCUCUUUGUGAGGUGAGGCAAUAAACAGGGGUCAGCAAAGGUUUUCAGCAAGGGGGCCGGUCCACUGUCCCUCAGACCUUGUGGGGGGACGGACUAUAUAUUUUUUGGGGGGGAUGAACGAAUUCCUAUGCCCCACAAAUAACCCAGAGAUGCAUUUUAAAUAAAAGCACAUAUUCCACUUAUGUAAAAACACACUGAUUCCCGGACCGUCUGGAUCCAGCCCAAUCGCCUUCUCAAUCCGGCCCGCAGACGGUCCGGGAAUCAGCGUGUUUUUACAGCGUGUUUUACAGUAGAAUGUGUGCUUUUGUUUAAAAUGCAUCUCUGGGUUAUUUGUGGGGCAUUGGAAUUUGUUCAUUUUUUAUUUUUAUUUUUCAAAAUAUAGUCCGGCCCCCGUCAAGGUCUGAGGGACAGUGGACUGGCCCCUUGCUGGAAAAGUUUGCUGACGCCUGGAGCAAAUGAACGCUGACAACUUUUUGCAUGCCAUCCUAUAUGCCAAGUAAAUAACAAGUAGGGCAUGCGGCAAAAUGUUGCAGUGUAUUCCCCUCCCCAUAAAAGUAGUUCUUUCUCUCAGAGCUCCUGCCAGCAUGCAUAAAAGCUGCAUACAAAAAUGCAAUGUAUUGGAGGGGGUUGCUUUGCAAAAGCGUGUCUGUUAGUUAGAGCUGCAAACAAAAAUAGGUUUAUUAGGAGAAAUCGGCACUAAAAUGCUUCUGUAUUUUAAUUGGGAUAAUUCCCUCCCCCCCCCCCCAAAAGCACAAAUUUCUGCAGAAAUGUGGAGAACUGAAUUUAAGACUGGAAAAAUGAGAAACUUUGGGAACCACAAUUGGCAGAUUUCUCUAUCCCCUAGCUGCUAUAUAGGCUCAUUGAACCUAAGUGGAAGUCUCACUGGGAUCAAUGGGACUUAUUUCUCUGUAGACACGCUUGCCUUGUUAGGUAACUGCUGCCAGCAUUGACUGAUGCAGCACUAAAUAUAUUAACAAGCAUGACAAAUGUACACAUGCGCCCAAUGACAUUCUAUUCCAUAUCCAGUAAGUGUUGUAUAUCUGCCCUUGUCAGGAACCUCUUCAUAGUUGAGCAGAAGUCUGGGCAGGUGUGGGGUGCAGAAUGUCUUUCCUCAGGAAAUAAUUUGCUAUUUGCACGUAAUUUGCUACCUAAAUCACAUCUCUAUUUAGAGAUAAAUAGCCAAUGCAGACAUUGCACUUUUUUCUUUUUAAACAGAGAUAUGUAGAAAAUCCCAACAUCAUGGCCUGUUACAACGAACUCAUUCAGCUGGAAUUUGGAGAAGUGCGGGCACAAUUCAAACUAAGGUAAUUUUACCUAAGCUGAACAUCAUUAGCAUACUGUGUCAUUCCAGAUGUCGCCAGACUCCUAAGUCCCAUCCUUCUUGGCAUGAGAACCGGAGCAAGAUGGUUUGAGCAUAUUACAAUGGUGCCUCGCAAGACGAAAAGAAUCCGUUCCGCGAGUCUCUUCGUCUUGCGGUUUUUUCAUCUUGCGAAGCAAGCCCAUUAGCAGUUUAGCAGAUUAGCACUAUUAGCGGCUUAGCGGGCUUAGCGGAUCAGCUGAUAAGCGGCUUAGCGGAUCAGCUGAUAAGCGGCUUAGUGGCUUAACGGAUCAGCUGUUAAGCGGCUUAGCGGAUCAGCUGUUAAGCGGCUUAGCGGAUCAGCUGUUAAGCGGCUUAGCGGAUCAGCUGAUAAGCGGCUUAGCGAUCAGCUGUUAAGCGGCUUAGCGGAUCAGCUGAUAAGCGGCUUAGCGGCUUGGGAAAAAGGGGGGGGAAAGGAAAAAAACCCCGCAGGAACUCGCAAGACAUUUUCGUCUUGUGAAGCAAGCCCAUAGGAAAUUUGUUUUGCGAAGCACCUCCAAAACGGAAAACCCUUUCGUCUAGCGGGUUUUCCGUCUUGCGAGGCAUUCGUCUUGCGGGGCACCACUGUACACCGAUCCUGGUCCAACUGCACUGGCUAUCAAUUAGUUUCCAGGUCCAAUUCAAAGUGCUGGUUUUGACCUAUAAAGCCUUAAAUGGCUCAGGACCGCAAUACCUCAAGGACUGCCUAUUUCCAUAUGAACCUACCCAGACCCUGAGAUCAUCUUAUGAGGCCCUUCUACGUGUGCCUCCUCCACUUCAGGUCCGAAGGGUGGCAACAUGAGAACAGGGCCUUCUCUGCAGUGGCUCCCCAUCUGUGGAAGGCUCUCCCCAGGGAAGUUCACCAGGUGCCUUCAUUAUACACCUUUAGGCACCAGGCAGAAACAUUCCUUUUUAACCAAGCUUUUCAUUGAUUUGACUGACAUCCUAUACCCUUUUAAAAUGGGGGCGUGGGGGCGUUGUUGGGUUGUUGUUUUUAUUUUGAUUAUAUAUUCUGUGGUUUUAUAUUUUGAUUUUGUUCUGUGAACCGCCCUGAGACCUCCAGGUAUAGGACUGUAUAUAAAUUCAAUAAUUAACACAAAAAUAAAAAACCCCUUGUGUGUGGAAGCUAACCUGUUGGUAAGAAGAGAUCAUUUCCCUAAGAAAGAAGAGGCCUUUGGGUCCAGCCAGUGAUCCACGUGGUCUAGCAAUCUUAACAAUCUGUGUGCUCUGAUUUCCGUCACCAUGUCCCAUUGCUCCAGAAGCGGUUUAGUCCUGCUGGUCACAUGACCUGGAAAGCUGACUGCGAACCAACACUGGCUCCCGCAGCCUGAAAGCAAGAUGAGCACUGCAACCCCAUAGUCACCUUUGACUAGACUUAACCGUCCAGGGUCCUUUACCUUUACCUUUACCUAUCAUCCUGUAUUCAUGAUGUCCAAGCAGAUGUCUAUGGGAAUCCCACAACCAGGCCAGGAGCGUAAGAACAGUCUCCCCACUUGUGAUUCCUACUGACUGGCGUUCAGAGGUUCACUGCCUCCAACAGAGGAGGUGGACUGUAGGUGUCAUGGCAGGGUCUUGUGAGAGCUUUGAGUAGCACAGGAGGGCUGUGGAUUCCCAUCUACGAUUCCCAUCAACGCAGGAAGAGGUGCUAUUGUUGAGAUCUUUCCUCUGGAGACAUCUAGGGUGGGAGAAGGGGCGCUAGUCCACAAGGUGUUUGUGAAGCACCGUAUUUUUUGCUCCAUAAGAUGCAACCUGACCAUAAGACGCACCUAGUUUUUAGAGGGGGAAUGCAAGAAAAAAAUAUUCUUUAAAGGGAGCACUGAGCAGAGCCUGUCUGCAUCCCAGGCUCUGCUCAGCGCUCCCUUUCACGAGCCGCGAGGAGUGUGUGUGCGGCGCUUGCAGGCUUUUCCCCGAGGAGGGAGAAGGGCAGCCCAUCACUGAUUGGGGAAAAGCCCCCAAGAGCUCUGCGACUCUUUAAAGGGUAUUAAACGUAUUAGAACCUCGAGGUCCAUUCGGAAGGCGAGUGGGAUGGAUCAGAAAUGAUGUUGGGGAGAAGGCACUUGGGAGGACAGGAUUCGUAGCGAAGUUAGUGGGAGCCUAGAGUUAAGAAGUUCCAUCUUGAUUCAGUUAGGAAUCGUACAGCAGCUGGCACAGCGUGUUACGGUUGUUACAGCAGGCGGAAAAGAUCAUGACGUGGUCUGCCGAGACCCUCAGCAGUUUCCAAGUGGUCAGUGAGGGGCAAAGUUUGGGAACGGAUGGUGGAGCUGAAAUGAAUAAAUGUUCUCACCAAGCUUUUACCCUCUCUCUGUUUCCUUCUCCUUUUCCCUGUUGUCUCUCAGAUCUUACAUUUUAAAGUGUAAGCCCCUGGGGACAAGGACCUGCUGCUCUCUGGUAGUUUGAAAUGCAGUGAGUUUACUGAUGACACACACACUCUUUCUGUAUAAAUAAGUUAGCCUCUAUACAGGCCAACUUUCUCUUUUUGCUGGGCUAGGCAAAAAGCCAAGUGGCCCGUCUAACUUCCUACUACAGUUCUUCAAAGCAGAAUCAUCUCUCUUGAAUGUAUUGCUCCGAGGUGGUGGUGGGUUUUUUUGGUCAUUUAUAGCCCUCAAAAUUGCAAGCCGUGAAAUUUGAAUCUGAUGAGUCCACUCCUUUCUUUCCUUUGCAGGGCUUGUAAUUCAAUCUUUACAGCGUUAGAGAAAAGUCAAGAAGCCAUUGAGAUUACAAGUGAAGACCAUGUAAUACAGGUUUGUUCUGGGUACUUUUACAAGUGUCAAAUGCUGUUCCAAGGCCUCAGUUCACGGUGUUAUAGCCAUGUUAUUGUAUUGUAAAUACGGUAAACUCACCAUUUAUGCAGGGUUUACAUUUCAGAGAUUGAGCCUAAAGCCAAAAUAGUGUAUAGUCAAAACCCAUUGGGUUCAGUGGUGGGUGGGAUUGUCAAUGCCCUUUUCCCCUGGCCCCUUUCCACCUCUUUUUAAUUUGUUAUAAAACUGAAUGUGCACAAGUUAAAUGCGCAUAAGUUGCAAAGCUACUGAACAGUGGUUGGUAUCCAGUGCUAAUCAGACCCAUUUAAGUUAAUGGACCUUCCUUAGGGUUGUUUUUUUAUUGUUCCUUUGAAGCCAUGCCUGUACCCACCCUGUAGACCUGACAUUGCAUAUGACGCCAGACGCAGUAGGCUGGGUUGGCAUGGCCCGCCUUGUAUAGAGGAAGUACUGCUUUAGAAAUGCAGAGCAAGGUUUAAAAUCUGCCGACCGACGACCAUGCCUUUCCUUUUGGUUUGACUGGAGUCCUUUAUUUAAAUCUCGCAGUACGUAAACCCUGCGUUUGAAACCGUGAUGGGCUAUCAGAAAGGCGAAUUAAUAGGAAAGGAACUAACAGAAGUGCCUACAAAUGAAAAAAAAGCUGAUUUCCUUGACACUAUUAAUUCUUGCAUCAAGAUAGAAAAGGUAAGUGCAUGCCUUGGUUUGGCACCUGAGCGGUGAACCUGACGGGGUGGUGUUUUAGGACUGGGCUGCUCAGUCAUGGAGCUAAUUCUGAGGCCUUUGGGAAGUCACGAUCUCUCAGCCCCAUCUAUUUGGCAAGGCUGCUGGGAACAUAAAAUGCAAUGGCCCCACGGAAACUGAGCUGCAUCACAUGCAAAUGCAAUAAAUAAAUAAGAUAGGAUGAGCAUACAUGCCUGUUGAAGUAAUAAUAAUAAUAAUAAUACUUUAUUAUUUAUACCUUGCCCAUCUGGCUGGGUUUCCCCAGCCACUCUGAGCGGCUCCUAAUCAAAUAUUAAAAACCCAAUACAGCAUUAAACAUUAAAAACUUCCCUAAACAGGGCUGCCUUCAGAUGUCUUUUAAAAGUAGGAUAGUUGCUUAUUUCCUUGAUAUCUAAUGGGAGGGCGUUCCACAGGGCAGGCGCCACUACCGAGAAGGCCCUCCUCUGCCUGGUUCCCUGUAACCUCACUUCUCGCAGGGAGGGAACCGCCAGAAGCCCCUCGGAGCUGGACCUCAGUGUCCAGGCUGGACAAUGGGGGUGGAGACACUCCUUCAGGUAUACUGAAGUGGUAUACUAUUGCUGUAAAUGCAUGGUGCAGAUUACACCCUAAGAAGCCACCUCAACAGGCUAGACAACUCAACAGGUUCAGCCAAGUGCAAACGAUUGCGCCGGCCUCUCCUGCGCCUUCCAACAUGCGAACAGAGCAUUCAUGCCAGAAUCCUCUGAAACGAUAGGUAUGUGGCACGUUCCCUUAGAGACAGCUUGCCCCUCCUAGGACACCAAACAAAGUUUAAGUAGCCACGGAGGAGGAAGAUAAGCCGUUGCUGUGUGGGCACGAAAGGCUGGCAGAUGGGUUGCCGCUUCAAAGACAUGCGUACGUCACAGCUUACAUGCUGCCCUGUGUGAGUCAGGUGAGAUGAAUGGGCGGCGGUGGGUGCCACGUUCAGAAGUCCCAAGCCGUUGACGCUGCAUUCGAUGAAGAUGCUGCAGUGAAUCAGAGGCCCUACAGACAUUAAUGCAUGCAGGAGUGGAAGGAAGAGAGAAAUGAGUCAUGGUGUGCCUGCAUCAAAAGCCCAAUCUGGAAAGGAAACGCUGUGGUUGCUGUUUGCAUCUGGCCGUGAACGUGUGCCACAGCGUUCCCAGGAGGACUUUCAAAUAUGUCAAGUGGGGGGGGGGUGGAGCUAAAAUGGCAGGUGUUUUUUGCACCAACUGAAAUUGCAUUUGAUUACAACUCUUUUUAUUUGUUUACAUUGUUAAUACACUGCCUCCAGAAACAAGAACAUUUAUCUUUUCAGGUUAAAAGAACUAAUUUUACAACAAGGAAAAAAUGCAGCAUGAUCUUAAAGCAACUUCAUUUAUUUGUUUGUUUGUUUGUUUGUUUGUUCAGCUUACGUUAGGCCCCAUCUGCGUUAUACCUUUAAAGCAGUAGCAAACCACUUUAAACAGUCAUGGCCGCCACCCCAUAGAAUCCUGGGAGCUGUCGUUCGUUCAGGGUGCUGAGAAUUGUCAGGUCACCUUUUUCUCCUCACAAAGCAACAUUUCCAGAGUGCUUUCAGAAUCAAUCCGUCUUCCCAGGGAACGCUGGGAACUGUAGCUCUGUGAGGGGAGAAGGAGAUAUCCCAGCAGUUCCCAGGGUGCAGAGUGGCAAACACAUCAACAAUAGAGGGUUUUUUAAAAUAAAAACAGUUUUAAACAUUCUAAAAAGUGAUCUCAGAAGUGCCACGAACAAUGUUUUUCAGGUAUCAAAUGCCCAUAUAAUGCAAGAAUACAGUCAAACCUUGGUUGUUGAACGUAAUCUGUUCCAGAAGCCCGUUCGGCUUCCAAAACGUUCAACAACUGAGGUGCAGCUUCUGAUCAGUUGCAAGAGCUUCCUCAAGCGGAAGCUGCGUUGGACGUUCGACUUCCAAAAAACUUUCGAAAACUGAAACAUUUACUUCCGGGUUUUUGGCGUUCAGGAGUCGAAACGUUCCAAAACAUUUGACUGUAUUUUUAAAUUUAUCCUGAAAGUCAAUAAUGAGGGAGGCAGGCAGACAUCACCAGUUCCACAAAUGGGGAACUGCCACUGAAAAGGCCCUGUCACAGGUAAACAAGCAGAGAGAGAAAUAAAACUCCAACCAAGCAGAGAAUAAAACUCAUGAAAGCUAAAGCAGGCCUAAAAGCUGAGUUUAAAAGGCCCGAACGAAGGACGAGGGAGGCUUGGCCUGGUGCAAAAGAACAUUCACAACUGUGGCCCUCCAAAUAUUUGUUGGGACUAUAGCACCCAUACGCCCUGACCAUUGUGCUUCUAUGGACAUAAAGGGGCCAGAACCCUCAAAAGAGGUCGAUGAAGACUUAGUAGGAUUGUGGCUCUCAUGAUAAAUGCCUUUUUUGAUGUGGCGGGUUGCCCACGGAAUCCUUCCACCAGCAGCUGCUUUGCCUGUGCCUCCUGUCACGAAGCUCAGAUGUGAUUAUCUGGGGUGAAAUUGGCAAAUCUGCGCGCGAAAUCGGUGAGGAUGGCUGUUUGGCGUGCUCAGAUCGGAUCAUGGUAGCGACCUCUCCUUGGUCAUAAAAUGAGGAGCUCAAGCUUUCUUUAAAUAUAUGUGGACCUUUUUUUUGUGGGGCCACGAUUCAGAUUUAGGGCCAAAUUAAGCGUGCCGCUUAGUGUUUUAGCAGUCUUCCUUUUCUUUUUAAAGAAAGGACUAGCUAGGAGAGGCAGGGAGACAACCCUAACCCUAACCCUUUCCUCAUCCACUGCCACCCGUCAUGCUGUGAGGCUCAGACUGGGUCUUGGACAAAGGAAGUUUCUGUGUGAGGUGAGGCGAUAAGAGAUUCAGGCUGGCUUCAAUGCAAGGUUGCGGCAGAUUCAAGGUACAGCAGAGCUCAGACUGGGUUCAGGGCUCAAGAUGUGUUAGAAGAGCAACACAUAACUCUGACGUUGCUUCAGCAAGGAAAAGAGACUGAGCCCAGUACACAAGAAGGCACAUCAGCUGAAUUACUAGCCCUGGGGAGCCACUGGGCUUGCAGGGUGGUCCUUCUCCAAUGGAGUCCUCUGAGUCUGAGGAAGGCAGUUCCACAUCCUCAGGCUGGAGGCCUCUGUGGGUUUGUCUGAUAUCAGCAGGCAAGAAAAGGACACGGGUGGCGCUGUGGAAGGUCGGCGGUUCGAAUCCCCACGACGGGGUGAGCUCCCGUUGCUCGGUCCCUGCUCCUGCCAACCUAGCAGUUCGAAAGCAUGUCAACGUGCAAGUAGAUAAAUAGGUACCGCUCCAGCGGGAAGGUAAACGGCGUUUCCGUGCGCUGAUCUGGUUUGCCAGAAGCGGCUUAGUCAUGCUGGCCACAUGACCCGGAAGCUGUACGCCGGCUCCAUCAGCCAAUAAAGCGAGAUGAGCACCGCAACCCCAGAGUCGGUCACGACUGGACCUAAUGGUCAGGGGUCCCUUUACCUUUACCUUUACCUUUACCUUUAUGGCAAGAAAAACCUUCCUUCCUCUCUUGCUUCAGAGCCCUUGUCUCCUGACAAACUGGAAUGGACAUGUGGGGAACUGAACUUCAGAAUGGAAAACGGAGAGGAACUGAAAGUUACAGAUUAUCCCAUCCCAUAAGAGCAGCUCACUGUGGAGCUAGUUAUUUGUUGGUUGAUUUGCUCGCCGCCCAUCUGACUGGGUUACCCCAGGCACUCUGGGUAGCUCCCAGCAAAGAAAUAGCAAAAGCACAACCCAACAUCAAACCCUAAAAACUUCCCUGAUGUCUUUUAAAAAUCACAUAGCUGUUUAUCUGAUGGGAGGGCGUUCCACACGGAGGGCGCCACUACCGAGAAGGCCCUCUGCCUGGUUCCCUGUAACCUCGCUUCUCACAGUGAGGGAACCACCAGAAGGCCCUUGGAGCUGGACAUCAGUGUCUGGGCUGAACGAUGGGGGUGGAGGCACAGUUGCCUUUUAGAGGCAUUAAAAAUAAUAAUCAAAGGCCCCAUGUGCCCUGUACAUUUAAAACAGUAUCAUACCACUUUAAACAGUCAUGGCCUCCCCACAAAAAUCAUGGGAACUGUGGUUUGAUAAGGAUGUUGAGUUGAUAAACAAUCAAACCCCUUUCUCAGCGAACUCGGAAUCAUAGCUCCAUGAGGGGAACAGGGCUCUACUAACAUCUCUCAGCCCCUCUAACAGCCUACAGCUUCCCAGAUUCUUUUAAAGUGGUAUGAAGCUGCUUUAAAUGUAUUGUGCAGAUGGGGCCUAAAGGCACAAAUCUGAAGUCUUAUGUGAAAAUAGUUUUAAUGAGAAAGAGAGAGAAAGCUGGGGGGAUUUGUCCCUGAGCUCCUAAGUCGAAUGUCAUCUUUACUUGACCUUGAUUCCCAUCUGCAGGAAUGGCAAGGAACCUACUACACUAAGAAGAAAAAUGGAGAGAGUAUACAACAAAAUGUGAAGAUCAUACCUGUCAUUGGACAGGGAGGGUAAGCCUCGAAAUCAAAACUGAAUAUUGGUAUUGUCGUUGUCGUCUUAAAACGAACCACUCAUAAUUGUGGGGAAUGGCUUGCUAUGAAGUGCAUGAUCAGGAAUCCUGAGGACUUUAGCCAUUUUUUAAAAUAAAGUUUGUAGUCCUCAUGGUGAAGGCUCAGACAAUAGAAUGAGACUUCCUCUGGUCAGGUUUCUCGUCUACCUCCCAAUGCAAAAAGCAGAGUCAGACCACUGGUCCAUCUGGCUCAGUUUUGUCUACUUGGAUGGGCAGCGACUCUCCAGGGUCUCAGUCUUUUCCCAUCCCUACUUGGAAAAACCAGGACUUGAACCUGGGACCUUGUGUAGCCAAGGCAAAUACUUUGCUACUGAGCUAUGAUCCUUCCCCAAGGCUCCUGCUCCUGCAGUGUUCCUGUAACCUGGGGUGGCUCACCUGGAAUUCUCCAGGUGCUUCAUAGACUCCACCUCCCAUCAUCCCUGACUCUUGACCACUCCAGCUGGGGCUAAUAGGAGUUGGAGGCCAACAACAUCUGGCUUAACACAGGCUAGCCACCUCUGCUACAACCCACCAAACUAGGAUAGACAUUUUAGGCUAAAAUGUAUUUUUAAAAAUAAAUAAAUAAUCAGAUCUUAAGAGAAUCAAAAUCUAAGAAGCCAAAAUAUAUAAUCUGUCCCGUUGCUUGUCUUUCUUUUACAGAAAAAUUAGACACUAUGUGUCACUUAGUAGACCAUGCAAUGACAACAGUAAGGUAAGCAGAACAGGUAUUCCAGCUUAACUAGAAGCGGGGAGGGGAUGCGUGAUAGGAAGGGCGAGGAAAUGUUUCGGCCCUCUGUGGGCCAGUUCUUUAUCUUCCUCCAUCCCUGCAGGCCAACUUUGACAGGUGUAUAAGGUCACCCACCUCUGAUUUCAUGAUGAUGGCUGGGGACUUAGAGGUGGGCAGUCUCACCCAUCUGUCAAAGGUGAUCUGUGGGGCAGAGGGAGGGGGUCUGUGUCUCCAGUGUGUUCCCCACAGGUGAAGCAGCACCCUCUAGGACUGAACCCUCCUCUCACCAGCUGAUAAGGGAAGGGUUCAGUCCUGCUGGGUGCAGGGGUCUGCUUCACAGGAUUGAACUGGAGCCAUGAGCCAACUGGGAACCUUUGGCAGGCCAGAUUUGGCCCAGAGGCUCGAGGUUCCUAACCCCUGCACCAAAGGUUGAUCCUAUUGUUCUGGCUAAUUUCUCCCCCCCCCCUUUUUUUUUUUUUACUUGCAGGCUGAAAGGGUCUGUGAACGUGUCCAAGCUGAGUCCCAGACAGGUACGGCACUGCAAGUUUUGUUACGAGAAAAUCUCUCGCAUUUUAAUAACAACAGCUCAGCCUAUUGCCACCCACCAAGACAUUCCUUCAUAGUAAAAGGCAUAAGCCGAAACUCAUUUUAGAAAUGCGUUUACUUGAGGCAGUUAAGAGGAAUGAUUAAAAACAGAAAGAAAGUGUCUGAUCUAAAACUCCUAAGGCAUUUGCACAGCGCUGGUAAGGACACCAACAUAGGUCAAAUGCUUGUUGAAACAAGUAAGGGCUUAGCAGUUGUAUAGUGUCGGGGUUGGCACCCUUCAUCCCUAGACCUAAUUUCAAAAAAUCCCACAAGUGAUCAGUUCAGACGUCUGACCAGAGAGAUCCUUCUUUCUCCUAUCAGCCCACUGUGGGGAUUGGGGGGACCGUGCAGAUGUAGCAACAGAUGUGACCCAGAUGUGUACAGUUGCAUACACUUCAGCUGAGCAAACGUCAGAGGACAAAAGCAGCUAAGUCGGGUGUGGAGGUGAGAGGCGUGGCCUGGGGAGAUUCCCAAGGGCCAUAUAGGGGCUUCUGGGGGCCACAUUUGGCUCCCAGGCCUGAGGUGCUCUACACCUACUCUAGAACGCCAUGUGCUACCAUGUUGUUGUUGUUGUUGUUGUGGUUGUUGUUGUUGUUGUUGUUGACGUUGACCUAAUAUCACCUCAAGGCCCCAGGGCAUGUUCCAACAUCAAAACAAAAUAUAAAAACAGUUUAAAACAACUCAGAGGUCCAGCUCCAAGGGCCUUCUGGCAGUUCCCUCCCUGCAAGAAACGAGAUUGCAGGGAACCAGGCAGAGGGCCUUCUUGGUAGUGGCACCUGCCCUGUGGAACGCCCUCCCACCCGAUGUCAAGGAAAUAAACAACUAUCUGACUUUUAGAAGACAUCUGAAGGCAGCCCUGCUUAGGGAAGUUUUUAAUGUUUGAUGUUUUAUCAUGUUUUUAAUAUUCUGUUGGGAGCCGCCCAGAGUGGCUGGGGAGACCCAGCCAGAUGGGCAGGAUAUAAAUAAUAAAUUAUGUUAUUAUUAUAACUUGAAAUAAUAGGAAUAAGGUGGGUCCUAAAAAUAAACACCUUGUGUGAAAAGCCAGGCUAAAAUACAAUAAUCUAUUAAACAGUAAAAGCUUCCCUAAACAGGGCUGCCUUCAGAUGUCUUCUAAAAGACUUCUAAGCCCUACUUAGAAUCACACAAUUGUAGAGUUGGAAGGGACCCUGAGAGUCAUCUAGUCCAACCCCGCGCAAUGCUUGGGAUUGAACCUGGGACUGUCUGCAAGCAAAGCAGAUGAGAUGCCACUGAAUUGCAAGUCCUUCCCCAGAGGUUAGUAUUUCGCAUGUGAAGGGGGCACUGCGCAUCUCUGCUAGGCAGGCUCAAGCACAGAGUACACCACACUAGGCAAUCCAUAAUAUUUGCAGAGCAAUGAAACAGUUCUCUGGGAAGGAGACUAAAUAACAGGCCAACUAUCUGCCCCAGGCAGCUGUGUUUCAAAGCGGACAAGGAAUCAAGGCAACCUUGACUGUUUAGUGGGCUUGUAGGAGAAGGAGAUUCCAACUUCAUUUCCUACUCCUUAGGAACAGUAGCUGAUACAGCUUCCUAAAUCUAGAUUUAAAUGUGUCAAGGACGGAGUCUUGAGUGUUGUCGUGGCUGGGAUGGAAAUCUCCCAAGGACAUGUUUACGUGGGUUCCUCUGCAACGGUCACAGGUGUUUGGGAAUCCACAAGGCACAACUUGCUAUAGCGUUGAGGUAGAACAAAACAGCAGAUUUUGCUCCCUGUCAAAGUUCAGCUGAUUGUCACCAAUUGGAUUUAUUGAUUUAUUGUUAACUGUUGUUGGGAGUAACAUUGAGGCAUCCCAGAAUAUGGUUUGAAGUAGGGGCUAGGCAGUUCUUCCUUGGCAAGGAGUUCCAGAGCUUGAGAGCAGUACAUUUCCGAGCACAAUUCAAAGUGUUGGUGCUGAGCUUUAAAGCCCUAAACGGCCUGGGUCCAGUAUACCUGAAGGAGCAUCUCCACCCCCAUUGUUCAGCCCAGACACUGAGGUCCAGCGCCAAGGGCCUUUUGGCGGUUCCCUCCCUGUGAGAAGUGAGGUUGCAGGGAACCAGGCAGAGGGCCUUCUUGGUAGUGGCGCCCGCCCUGUGGAACGCCUUCCCCAGCAGAUGCCAAGGAAAUAAACAACUAUCUUACUUGUCUAGGACAGAACAACGGGGGUGGAGACGCUCCUUCAGGUAUACCGGGCCGAGGCCGUUUAGGGCUUUAAAGGUCAGCACCAACACUUUGAAUUGCGCUUUGAACUGCUCUGAGGCUCUGGAACUCCUUCCCAAGGCAGCCCUGUUUAGGGAAGUUUUUAAUGACUGAUGUUUUAAUGUAUUUUUAAUAUUCUGUUGGAAGCCGCCCAGAGUGGCUGGGGAAACCCUGCCAGAUGGGGAGGGUAUAAAUAUUAUUAUUAUUAUCAUCUGAGAAGGUUCUCUCACCUUCCUAAAUGGGGAUGUCCUUUUUCACAGCAGCAAUUUCUUGCCUCUACAGAUAUCCAGAGCUGCAGGCACAAAGACAGGCGGAAAGGCUCUUUAGAUGUCAGAUCGACCACUUCUCGGGGCAGUGAUGGUAUGUUACAUGAGUCCAUCUGUUUCCAAUGUGCGGGAGGAUUGUGCCGUUGCUUAUGUAGCCAAAACUGAACCACCCCUGUAGAAAAGAGGAGUCUCAACAAGCUUGGGAGAACCCCAAGGUUUUCAGAAGUACAGUAACAUCUGGGGAGGGGAUCUUUUGGGUAAGAGAAACCCCAACAACAGCCCAAUUCAGUCUGCUUCCUGGCUGCUUGCAGGAAGAAAUACAACAGAGGGGGCACAAAAUGGAAUGGAGCAAGUGGAACCGAAUGCAAGCUUUUAUCACAGGUCCAAUUUGUCAUUAUUAGUAUUAAUAUCAUUUUAUUUGUUUAUAUCCCACAAUAUCAUAGAAUUGUAGAGUUCGAAGGGACCCUGAGGGUCAUCUAGUCCAACCCCUUGCAAUGCAGGAAUACGCAGCUUUCCCAUACGGGGAUUGAACCUGCAACCUUGCCGUUACCAGCACCAUGCUCAAACCACCCCAAAACCAGGAUUCAUGACAGCUCAGAAAAAUUGAAGCAAAUACAGAGAAAACAGACAUAGCUUUAAAAAAAACUUAUAAAAAUAUUUUAAAGGGAUUAAACUGUUUAUGGAAUGAAAACAACAUAAGACCAUAUCUGUUAACAUGCAGAAGGGGGAAAAUACAGUAAAGAGACCUUUCCUUAAAAGCAGUCAGUUCCCCCAAAGCCUGCCAGAAUAAAACAGUCUUCCACCUCCUGGUGGAAGGACAACAAGGAGGGAGCCAGUCUGGCCUCUCUGAGAAGGGAGUUCCGAAAUCUGGGAGGAGCCACUGAGAAGGCCCUCUCCCACAUUCCCCUUAAAGGUGCCUGGGAAGAGAGAAGGGUCUGGGCAGAAUAUGACCCUUCAGAUAUUUAAAAUAUUUUUAAUUGCUUUAUGAAUUUGGCACCUUUAUACCCAAAACAAACAUUCUGUUUGUGAGCUUCAAGUUCUCUCAUUUCCCCCCUCUAACCUCAUUUGUUUAGUUCAUGUGAAACAUGAUCGUGUAAUUUUGAAAAAAUAAUAAUAUAUAUGUGUUGAAGAAAAUGGGAAAAUUGGGUUAUCAUGAAAUCUCAAUGCAGCCUCUUUGAGGAAGGCAGUAAAACAUACAAGCUUUUAUGCUGUAGGUUGCUGGAUGUGUGUGUGUGUGUUAUGUACUUUAUGUGCCUUUGAUGCUAAAUGUUAAUAUUAUUUCUACUGCAUGUUUAAAAUGUAAGCUGCUUUGGAGACCUUCUGGUUCAAAAAAGAAGCAGCUUGUGAUAGGUUAACAUUGUCCACUAAUUUUAUUCCACUUUAUUCUGCAUAGGCAGUUCACAGAGAAGGCAUUCCUCUAUGGCCAGAAUACAUUCCAUGACUAUUGAAGCACCCAUUACCAAGGUGAGACACUACCGUUUGAGUUCAUUGAGAUCCAAUGGCUUCAUUUUUCCCUAGGAAUUUGCCUUUUCCCCUUACAAAACUACCAUGCUCCUACACAGGCCCCCCACAUAUUACCAUGGGUUUACAUGGGGAAAAUGUUCUGCUAUAUGCAGCCAAAGGCCACAUAGAAGUAAUAGGAAACCAUGGUGUCCUGUCCUGGUCCAGACAAUGAACCCAUGUAGCGUGAUGGAGGAAGACAGGCCUGUAGUUGCAAUACCAAGGACAGCUCCAAAUGAGCAACGUUCUCUGAUGGCUGGAGGUGAACUAAGGCCUUUUGAGCCUCUGUCUCCAAACCAUCUUUUAUGCUCUGUCCUCUUGGUUGGAGAACUGCAGGCUCAGGCCAACCCUUUGGCCUGAAAGUGGACAUUUCUCCUUUACUCUCUAGCUUGGUGUGCUGCCUGCACUAUUGGACCAGCGCCAUAAUGUAGGAGACACACAGUUCCUUAGACUCUGGGGAAGGGGGCUGUGGGCAUACUUGGGGUUAGGAGACCCUGAACGUGGUGUUCAGUGGGCCACUGUCAGCCUUCAGUGAACCCUGAUAGUCAGCACCAGCCUCAGAGCCAAGCACCUCAUCCAGAUAUUCAAAGAAUGGCCUUGGAACUCCCCCUCCUUCUCCUCCAGCUCCAAGACCAGGACCGCGACACAUGGUUUUUCGCUACAGACAAGAGCAAGCCUACAUGAGCCACACAGUCGUGUCUUCUAUUACAAGUGCAAAAUGAACUACUUUUGCAGUUAUAUUUUUUGUUACCACAAGUUAGUAAGAACUCAGUUUUCUGCUGUGCUGACUGCUAAUAUUUUCUGACCACAAGCAAGGACUUUGGCUGUAAUAUUUAUACAAACAGGGUUCAAUGUGGUUAACUGGUUUAAUGAGACAAGUCAGUUUCAAAAACCAAAGUUCAAAGUUACGACAAACAAUCGUUAAGAUGAAACACACUUUGUCUGAGUUUUGGCAUAACGCUAAACUGCUGUUAUUUAAAAAUGGAAGGGAAAGCUUCUGAUCUUGUGGGUGAAUCAGAGGAGAGCAGAAAACACUGAGAUUGAUUCAAAUAACUAAACCAGCAUGCCCCAAUGUGAUGACCUCAAUAUAUUUUGGACUACCGCUCUCAUAAACCCUGCCCAUUGGCCAUAUUGACUGGGGCUGAUGGGAGUUGUAGUCCAAAACAUCUAGAGGGUUCCAUUUUGGGGGGAAGGGAUACUUGUCUAAACCAUAGUUUAGCAUUACGUCUGAAUGAGGUCACUAUAGCCAAUAUGGAGCUAGAUGACCAAUCGUCUCUGACUCUAACACAGCUUCCUAUGUUCCUGUGCUUUUGACAGUCAAAUCUGACUUCUUGAAUUGCUUGUUGAAAUCUUUCCUUCAACCUAGGUAAUAAAUAUUAUCAAUGCUGCACAAGAAAGUAGUCCCAUGCCGGUUGCUGAAGCCUUAGAUCGAGUUCUUGAGAUCUUGAGGACCACUGAAUUGUAUUCUCCACAACUUGGGACGAAAGAUGAAGACCCACAUACGAGUGACCUUGUUGGAGGUUUGAUGACAGUAAGUAGAAUCUGCUUCUUGAUUAAUGUUGUCUGAACCUUAAGUGAGCCAGUGUGGUGGGAUAUGGUAUUUUUUUAUUUUUUUAAAAACACUAUAUUAUGGGGAACCCUGGGGUGCCUCAGAAAUCCUUUGGAACUUCUUCAACAAAGACAGUCAUGACAGAUAAAAUUUGUGGCAGAUAAAAAACACAUGACAGUGAGGCCCAACAAUCCUGAAGAGCCUAACCAGGUUAACUGUCAUGGCUUUCUCACAAGGAAACCUUGGGGAGGUGGCUUGGCGGGUCGUGGUUAGGGGAGAUUACCCAGCAACCUCACAAAACUACAGUAUCCAGGAUUCUCUGGGGGAGGUAAUGACAGUUAAGCUGGUGUGAAAUGGGGUUUCAGUUUUUAAUGCAGAUGUAUCCUUUAUUGUUUGGUUGUUAGUAAAGGUAAAGGGCCCCUUGACCAUUAGGUCCAGUUGUGGCCGACUCUGGGGUUGCGGCGCUCAUCUCACUUUAUUGGCUGAGGGAGCCGGCGUACAGCUUCCGGGUCAUGUGGCCAGCAUGACUAAGCCGCUUCUGGUGAACCAGAGCAGCGCACGGAAAUGCCGUUUACCUUCCCGCCAGAGCGGUACCUAUUUAUCUACUUGUACUUUGACGUGCUUUCAAACUGCUAGGUUGGCAGGAGCAGGGACCGAGCAACGGGAGCUCACCCCGUGGCGGGGAUUCGAACCGCCGACCUUCUGAUCAGCAAGUCCUAGGCUCUGUGGUUUAAUCCACAGCGAAUGAAUAAAUAUUUUUUUUAGCAUGGGUUCUUUUCAAAUGUGUUCACACAUAAGUUGGUGGGGUCCCGUUUCUGCAUUAAUCCAUGAUAUUUUUGAUAUAUUUAAAAAAAAACAAAAAACAUGCAUGUAAAGUUGCGUUUGAAGAUUUGUUUUUGAACACAUCUUCUCAUAAAAUACACAUUUCUUGAUGAAUUUUCUCUGGAAAAAUGCAUUUUGAAAUGUGUUUUGAUACGUUAUUUGAGCUGAGGACUGUGUCCAAAGAUUAAGGAAGUGUGAAAGCCGGUGGGUAACAAUGUCAAGCAUGUCUCCUCAGAAGUAAAACCUACUGAAUUUAGUGGGGCUUUCUCCCAAGUAAGUGGGGCUGGGUUUGCAGCUUUGGUUCCAACCUGCACUGUUAGUCUUGGGGUGUUUGGGGUGUGCACAAAGAAUUACGUCAGCUCACACCAGAAUGCGCUAAGAUUGAAUUUCGCAGGCUUCUCUAGUGAAACAAGGGCUUCAUAAGAGAGAGGACUGGCUUUCAGUGAAUGAGGAGUGCAUUCAUGUUAAGCGUGUUAAUGGAUAACAAAGUGCUCAAGAAACUGUUUUUCAUGGUGGUGGAUCAAGUCUACCCCCCUUGUUGAUUCUGGAAGGUGCACAAGAGCUUUGUUUUGCAGUCAUGUGCUUUUGGAGGAAGUGUCAAGCAGCUGUUAAGAGCCAGGCAGCUGUCCCCUCUUAAGUCACAAAGCUCCAGACUAAUUGAUUUAUUGUUCUUAAAAUAGAAGCCAGAUGCAGACAGACCAGCUGCAGCUUCCUGCAGCUUGAGUGUAUUACCUUUGCGCUCAGCUUGAAGUCUGAAGGUUGGGUGCACUUGUCGUUAAGGUCCCUUUGAAAUCGAUGGGGCUUGUGUUAGUCACGACGCAUAUAAGCCCCAGUGAUUUCAGUGGGCCUGGAGUGCAGAAGCAACUCACCUGGUGGGGUUCAAACCACAAUGCUAGUUUCUAGGCUGCCUCAUCCCUUGCCCAGUCCCGCUGUCAGGAAUUUCACACAAGGGACGAGCUCCUUGAGCCACAGUGUGACUCUGGGGAGAAGGCGUUGUUUCAGUAAGCAUGGCGGCGCUGUGGUCUGAACCACUGAGCCUCUUGGGCUUGCUGAUCAGAAGGUCGGUGGUUCGAAUCCCCAUGAUGGGGUGAACUCCCAUUGCUCUGUCCCAGCUCCUGCCAACCUAGCAGUUCGAAAGUACACCAGUGCAAGUAGAUAAAUAGGUACCACUGCGGCGGGAAGGUAAAACGGCAUUUCCGUGCACUCUAGUUUCCGUCACAGUGUUCCGUUUCACCAGAAGUGGUUUAGCCCUUCUGGCCACAUGACACAGAAAGCUGUCUGUGGACGAACACCGGCUCCCUCGGCCUGAAAGCGAGAUGAGUGCUGCAACUCCAUAGUCGCCUUUGACUGGACUUAACCAUCCUUGGGUCCUUUACCUUUACCUAAGCAUGGCUAAGUCCGUUUGCAGCUUUAAAGCUUAAAUUCAACAUUAGGGAUGGAAGGAUCUGACCAUUUGGGUUCUCUUGGUUCCUCAUUUUUCCCUGUCUUCAAUUUAGUUCUCUACAUUCCGCAGCCACUUUUUGAAAAAAAUCCUCAUGCCUUCAGCAUUUUAGCACAAAUUUCUCCUAAUGGACACAUUCUUGUAUGCAGUUUUGACUAAUGUCUGCGUCUUUGCAAGCAGUUUCUCCUAAUGUAAAGCAUUUUUGUAUGUCUUUUUCACUAAUACGUUCAUUUUUUAUGCACACUUUCCCCUAAUACAUGCAUUUUCCUAAACAUUGUGUGGUUGGAGAACUCCCUUGCAAAAUCUGGAUAAGUCUGAAUUUCGAAAGAUGGCUGUGGUUCGGCUCUCAUAUUGUUUCAGAAAGUGCAGAUCUCAUAAAUUCAGCUUUAAAUGCCAGCUAUAUCGAAUUCCUCCCUCCCCAGCAUCUUAUAUUGUACCCAUAAAUCAACUGAUGAUGAGCAUACCUCUUUUAGGACCAGUGAAAUAUGGCCAAUUCAGCCAGAAUGACUGCUCCACUCCAUGGGUUGCAUCCGACAAAGGUUUACACAAAAUAGCUCCAUUAAAAUUGAGGUCAUGUCUACUUAUUUCAUUGGAUCUACUCUGAGUAGGGCUAAGAUGGAAUAUAACCUAGUACUCCAAGCACUUUCUUCCCCAUGUGCAUCUGGAACAGUAAAUUUAUAUAUAAUAAUUCCCCCCCCAUUUGCUAUUUUCAACUCUUUCUUAAAUAGGAUGGCCUACGAAGAUUAUCAGGGAAUGAGUAUAUAUUAUCAGCAAAACGUAAGUCUUCUCAUCGCAAAGUAUGCAUUUUCUUUAUCUGUUCUAGAAUUGGUGACUUUUAUAAAAUGCAUUUUAUAAACUUUUAUAAAAUACAACCAAAUAUUAUUUUAAACAAAGAAUUUGUGUAGUUUAUUGUACAGUGGUACCUCGGGAUGCAAACGGGAUCCGUUCCGGAGCCCCUUCACAGCCUGAAUGGAACGUAAGAUGCAAUGGCACAUGCGCAGGUCGCGUUUUGCCACUUCCGCGCAUGCGCGUGGCGUCAUUUUGAGCAUCUGCGCAUGCGCGAGCGGCGAAACCCAGAAAUAACGCACUCCGUUACUUCCGGAUUGCCGCGGAGCGCAACCCGAAAGCGCUCAACCUGAAGCACAUUCAACUCGAGGUAUGACUGUGCAAUUACUGCUUAUAACUAACAAUUAGGGAAGUGGUUGCACCCAAUGAGCUUAUUCCAGAAAGCCUAUGGACGCUUUAUCAGUUAAAUCUGUAUUGGUUUUAUUCAUUCAUUCAUUACUUCUGAAGCACCUGUGCUGAGAUUAAAAGUGAUUUGCAGGCUCACAAUCUAUAGAUAGGAGACAAAACUCGAAAGGCACCCAUUUUUGAGGGUUGCAUAAUCUCAGCUGUUUACAAAGUAUACACCAGGGGCUGCCAACAUGGUGCCCCUGAAUGUUGUGGCUGCCUUGUAAUCUUCCCCUGCUGCCCACAUGGGCUCUGACAUCUCCACUCCCUUCCCCCUUCUCCCUUGAAAAAUACAUAGAGAAGGAAGUUGCAAGAGGGACACUCUUUCCCACUUCCUCUUUCAACUCUUAUGUGAUUUUUACCCAGACCCAUUGGAAAAGUGGGGUUUGUGCGCACUCUCUGUUUCUGUCUCUUGGCGGGGUUGGGUUGCAGGGAGCUGAUCUAGGGAAACACAGAGGGAAAUUCUCAGAGGUGUUGGAGCUCACGACACUCACUCCAAAAAACCAGUUGUGCUCAGAGGUCCAGAAAUAGUUGGCAGCCCCUGAAAACCUUGCAGUCCUGAGCUUUUCUGGCUGACAGACAGAUACAGAGGUUGCUUCCUGUCAACUCUGUGGUCUGAAGACAGCCAGCAGCUGGAGGGUGGAGGGAGCAGAGUUCCCUGCAGAUGUGCCUUCUCUGUUUGUUGGAUGGGGUCAGGUUUGCCUUCCUCUUUCUCUCAGGGUUUUUUUCAUUUAUUUAUAGGAAGUAGGAGGUGCAGCCUUUGAUCCCGAAGCUGAUGCCAGAGGCCAGUUCAUGCUUUAUAAUUUCCUCCCACUGUCUUGUUUUCUCCCAUAGAAACUCAUCAGGUCCCAGGCAGUUUAAUUUCGCCCAUCUCCCUUAAUGACAUACCACCAAGGAUAGCAGAAGCAAUGGAAAACGAGGAAUACUGGGACUUCAACAUCUUUGAAUUGGAAGCAGCAACCCAUAAAAGGUUUGUUGUCAAGCAAGUAAAACAAAAAGAACAGUGUUUCCCAAACUUGGGUCUCCAGCUGUUUUUGGACUACAACUUCUAUCAUCCCUAGUUGGCAGGACCAGUGGUCAUGGUUGAUGGGGAUUGUGGGACCCAAGUGUGGGAAACACUGUUCUAAACUGCUUUGCAGUCUGAAAAUAAGUAAUCUGAAACAUUAAAAAGUGAUGCUCGAAGUGACUUUUAAAACCCUGGCCAACCUAGUCCCAAAGAAGUAAGGGGAGAACAUUUGCUGUGCUGAGACCCUGUUUUUCCUCUGUUUCCCAUCCAGAAUAGACACUUCCUGCCUUGGCUUAAUUUAAUGUGCUAGAGACAUGUUGUCAAAGGCUGAGGCUGCCCAGGAUGCUUUGGCGCUUGAGGCAGAAAUCCUAGCUGGCAUCUCCCUAGUUCACCCUGGUGGCAGGAAUACAGCAAUAAACUUUUUACAGUGUUUCAGAUUUUCCAACUGAGGCAGGCAAUCUCACUCUGCUUAAUGGGAGCUCAGCGCUUGACCCAGGGCUAUCUGAUAGCAUCCUAUAGGCCAGAUUUAGCCUGCAGGACCUUAGUAGUUAGUGCCUACCCUAAAGUUUCAUUUAUAAGCCCUUUGCCAGUCGUAGCGCAAUGGAAGUUUUAUUUCGAGAUAGUUGCAUUAUUUUUGAGACUAAGACUGUAUUCAUGCAGCAACUUAUUCCAUUUCUCCAACACCUCCCUAACUGUUCAUGUCUGCAUUAUAUUUCAGUUUUCACAUGAUGUAAAAGCCACUUCUGGAAAACUUGUGAAAUGUAGUGCAUGUUUAGCGCUCAUUUCCAUAUCACUGGAUUCCAGAAAAAAUCCAUUUGUAGCCCCCUCAACCUGGAAAAUUACAGGAGUAAAGUGAUGAAAUUUGGGGCAUUAUACCAGCAUGUAGUUUUUUCCUGCUGUUUUCAUGGAGGAAUAGAAACACACAUGUGCAGAAAACACAGGAGAAUAGCGACAUUGUCCAGUGACAUCCAUUGCUGUUUUGCAGCGCACCCACUGCUAUCAGUGAAAUUUAGUGCAUCAUGCUGGUAUCUCAUUCAAAAAGCUGCAGUUCCACAACAGAACAGGUACUGCAAUGGGUAAGGAAUGUGAGAAAACAAGACGGAAGCCCUAAUAUUACAGUCAGGAAAACUAAGACAGUAUUCCCCACGUCUGAAUAAAAUGUACAUGAACAGCAAUAUUUCUCUGGCUAUUUCUGCCUUUAGACAACAGCUGGACAGAGGCUGCUCUCGUGUUCUGAUUUCACUUCUCACAGCCUGAAUAGCAGCUGUUGGGGAAUCACAAGUCAGAAGAAUGCUCUUUUGCUCAGAUCCUGCUUUAAGGUGUCUCAUUGGCCACUUUGGGAACAGGAUCCUUGAGAGUAGCCUGAUCCUGCAGGGUUCUCUGUAUGUUACCAUCCCCAGCUUUUACCAUUCUGAUAAUGUUGACGGCGAUUCUCCUUUCAGGGCAAUUUCGUUGAACUUCUUUCUUUCUGUUUCUCUUCCCACCCCACCCCUUCAGGCCUUUAGUUUACCUUGGUCUCAAAAUGUUUGCCCGAUUUCGGAUCUGCGAGUUCCUCAAUUGCUCAGAGUCGACCCUGCGAUCAUGGCUGCAAGUCAUCGAAGCCAACUAUCAUUCGUCCAACUCCUACCACAACUCGACUCACUCUGCUGAUGUGCUGCACGCCACGGCCUAUUUCCUUUCCAAGGAAAGGGUCAAAGUAAGGACAGCUUCUCAGGAGAGAGGUGGAAGGAAGGGGGACCAGUGGUGGCUGGUGCCCAUGGGGCUGGUGGGGCGGAAGGCAGGCAACCUACCCGUAGGCAGAGGCAGAGCUAACAACAGACAGAGGCAGAGCUAUAUAAUUCCAGUUUCCCCUCCAUCCUGACUUCCACAAAGGAAACCUUAAGGAGAAGGCAGCUGACAGGCAGAGCUACCCCCCCUGGGCUGGAUGUAAGUCAGAAGACAAGCAGGUGUGGGGAGCAGAUUGAGGUUGGUGGGGCAGCACCCCACUUGCGCUGAUGUGCCAGUCUUCACUGAUAGGAAACCAUCAGACGCUGGAGUCUGGUGUAGGUCAACAAUAAAGCAUCCAAUAUCAGCAAAGUUAACUCCUUAUUCAAAGAAACAAAACAGCUCAGUCCUGGUGGUCACAGCAACCCUUCCCAGUGGGUCUUGCCCCAAUGAGGCAGUUGCGAGAACUGCCUUCCCACUGCUCUCGUAAGACUCCUCCUUUCCCAGGUCCUUCCUCAGCAACCUGAGGCUCCUUCGUCUUGUAUCUUGUUGCUCUGCUCUCUUUGUUUCUCUGCUCUGCAUGUUCUGGGAGACCAGCAGGGAGAGGAGCUGGUUGCAGCAAGAGGGGAAGACUCCCUGGCCUCUUCAGCGGCCUGUCUUAUCUCUGUCUCCUAGCCUUGCUCCUCUCCUGCCUCUGAGUCUGGGCUGCCCUCUGCCACAGCCUCUUCCCGCUCACUAAACCCUGUUGCAUCUUCAGCUUCCGACACCUCCUCUUCCCUGGCUGCUCCCUCUUCUCCCUCGGAUCACGCAUUGUGGUCCUACCACCAGUCCCCGAAGCCUUCUUCCCUUGGGGGUUCCCCAGCUAGUGCCUUCUUCCACUGCUCUGCACCCAACCAGUCCAUUACAAGAAGAGACCAGACCAGUUUGUCCACCUAACUCAGAAUUGACGUAGUGACUCUCUAGGGUCUCAGGCUGAGAAGGGGCCUCCCCAUCAUCUGUUAUUUGGUUCUUCUGAUUGGAGAUACCAACUUUGACAUGCAAAGCCCCAGUGUUGCAUAAUUCACAUACGUAUGCACACAUGCACACUAGACAGCUUGCGUUCAUAAUAAUAAUAAUAAUAAUAACAAUAAUAAUAAUAAUAAUUUUUAUUUAUAUCCUGCCCUCCCCAGCUGAAGCCAGGCUCAGAGCGGCUAACAGCAAUAAAAGUAACACAGCAUUCUAAAAUCAAUAUUCUAAAAUCAAUUCAAAAUCAAAUGGCAACCAUGGGCUAGAGUUCUGUGAGGAUCACCAAAGGAGGGGGUCAGACUGUGCCUUGGCCAAAGGCCUGGUGGAACAGCUCUGUCUUGCAGGCCCUGUGGAAAGAUGUCAAGUCCCGCAGGGCCCUAGUCUCUUGUGACAGAGCGUUCCACCAGAUCGGAGCCACGGCCGAAAAAGCCCUGGCUGUGGUUGAGGCCAGCCUAACCUCUCUGUGGCCUGGGACCUCCAAGAUAUUUUUAUUUGAAGACCGUAAGGUCCUCCGCGGGGCAUACUAGGAGAGGCAGUCCGGUAGGUACAAGGGUCCUAGGCCGUAUAGGGCUUUAAAGGUUAAAACCAGCACCUUAAACGUGAUCCUGUACUCCACCGGGAACCAGUGCAGCUAGUAUAGCACUGGGUGAAUGUGAUCCCGUGGCAAGGACCCUGUAAGGAGUCUUGCUGCGGCAUUCUGCACCCGCUGGAGUUUCUGGGUCAGUCUCAAGGGCAGCCCCACAUAGAGUAGUUACAAUAAUCAAGUCUGGAGGUGACUGUAGCUUGGAUCACAGUGGCUAGGUCAGGGCGAGAGAGGUAAGGAGCCAACUGCUUAGCUUGGCGGAGAUGAAAAAAUGCUGCCUUUGUUAUAGCUUUUGACAUGGUUUUGACACUGUAAGAACAUCAGAGGAGGAUGUUGGAGGAGGCUAUUGGCCCAUCUAAUCCAGCAAUCUGUGCUCACAGCAACCACCAGGAUGCCUGUGGGAAACCUGCAAGCAGGAACUGGGCACAUGAACACUCUUCCCUCUUGUGGUUUCCAUCAACAGGCCGACAGAGAGAUAGUGCCUCUGACAGUGGAGGAACAGCAUAGCUAUGCAGAUAGCAGCCACAGACAGCCCUAUCUUCCAUGAAUUUGUCCAAAUCUCUUUUAAUGCCAUCCUAGCUCAUGGGCAGGGACGCAGGUGGCGCUGUGGGUUAAACCACAGAGCCUAGGGCUUGCCGAUCAGAAGUUCGGCGGUUCGAAUCGGAACAAAUUAAGUAACCUGAGGUACCACGGUAGGUACUGCUCUGGCGGGAAGGUAAACAGCAUUUCCAUGUGCUGCUCUGGUUUGCCAGAAGUGGCUAAGUCAUGCUGGCCACAUGACCCGGAAGCUGUACGCCGGCUCCCUCGGCCAAUAAAGCGAGAUGAGCGCCACAACCCCAGAGUCGGCCACAACUGGACCUAAUGGUCAGGGGUCCCUUUACCUUUUUAAAGAAAAGUGGGACAUUCUGGGAUCAAAUCAGAAACUGGGACAGCUUCUAUAAAUCCUGGACUGUCCCUGGAAAAUAGGGACAGGUGGAAGGUCUGAGAGCUACAUUUCUCAGAGUGGUUUAGCAACCAGCCCCUCUUCCCAGGGAACUCUAGGAACCGUAGCUCUGUGAGGGGGGAAAGGGGGUCUCCUGAUAACUCUCAGCACCCUUAGCAAACUAAAGUUUCUAGGAUUUUGUGGGGGAAGCAAUGACUAAAUCUCUUCUAAACAGCCUUGUGUGAAGAAGCUAAGUCGGUUAGAAGUAAGCAUUUCCCCUACGGCUUAGCUUUCUGCAAGCUGGGAGAGUUUGACAUAAAAGUAGAAACAUUCAUUCUAGAUGCAGGAUAAGCCCAGUGGUCUCUUGGGAACCUUACUAAACAUCCUUCUCAUCUUUGUCUUUCCCCCCCCCCCCCACAGCAAACCUUGGAUCCCAUUGAUGAAGUUGCUGCUCUGAUUGCUGCCACUGUUCAUGACGUGGAUCAUCCAGGCCGAACAAAUUCCUUCCUGUGCAAUGCAGGAAGUGAGCUGGCCAUUUUGUACAACGACACAGCAGUGUUGGAGAGCCAUCAUGCCGCCUUGGCCUUCCAGAUCACCACACGGGACGAUAAAUGCAAUAUUUUUAAAAACAUGGAGAGGUGUGUUUUCAAAACGGGGGAUCUGCCAUGCUUAGGCUAUAGUCUCUACAUACCUUGAAGUGAUGUUGUCGAAAAGGAAACGGCAAGGCAACGCACCAGACAAAAACCGGCAUUGGAGGGUGAUAUACAUAUUGGAGGUCUGGUAGGAAGGGUUGUGAAACAGCUCCCUAAGAUCUCAUAAACCUUAAGGGCUGAGUUAGAUGGUCAGGAAAAAGCACUUGGGUACAGACCUUUAGGGACUAUGCCACUCCCUAAUGAAGGGGAGGAUCACAUAUUGAACUGCCUCCCAGUGAAAAACACUUCCACCCUUCCCUGCAUGUGGAAAGCUAGAACUUCAGGAAAAGGGUCCUCCCCAUGUGCUAACUUUCCACAUGCAAGGAAAUUUUGAUAUGGCGAGAGAGGCAUUCACACAUAUUCCCCACCUGCAUUCUGGAGUACAGUGGUACCUCGGGUGACAUACGCUUCAGGUUACAGACACUUCAGGUUACAGACUCCAGUAACCCAGAAAUAGUGCUUCAGGUUAAGAACUUUGCUUCAGGAUGAGAACAGAAAUCGUGCUCUGGCGGUGUGGCAGCAGCAGGAGGCCCCAUUAGCUAAAGUGGUGCUUCAGGUUAAGAACAGUUUCAGGUUAAGUACGGACCUCCGGAACAAAUUAAGUAUUUAACCCGAGGUACCACUGUACUAUAGCCUUGAGAAGUCUCCUUCAUUGAUAGCCUGCACCUUUAAGCAGCAAAAUUUAGUUUUAGAUUUAUCAACUUACUUUAUAGUUUUCGAGUCAUCCACUAAAAUUCUAGUGGAUGGAUCAAAAGGGGUCCAUUUCAGGAGCGUUUGAAUUUGAAUUACUGGUGCUGUUGUUCUGGUUCUGUUGUUGAAAUAGGGUUUAAAAAAAAAAAACUAUCCGAAGAAUUAGUUAGAAUGCAGUUCCUUUUAAAGUCAAAUCAGUUGGUUAAGUGGUUCAAAACGCAAAGGAUUAACAGACUGAAAUUUUUUUUAUUGGUUGACAGCUCUAGUAAACUAUAAAGCUCUGCGUGUUGUUCGGAUUGUUCCCAAGUUUUCAAUCAGAAACCUUUUCAGUCAGAAUCUAAACAAGAUGGCCUUGAGCCCAUGCAUAUCCCACACAUCCCUUCUUUACGCAGGAAUGAAUACCGAACCCUCCGGCAGGCCAUUAUCGACAUGGUCCUGGCCACAGAAAUGACCAAGCACUUUGAGCACGUCAACAAGUUUGUCAACAGCAUCAACAAGCCGCUGGCAGCGCUUGAAGAGAACGGGGUAAGAGGCUCUCCGGGGAAGGCAAGGAGAUGCGAGAGCUGCAAGUGGAUGUUAAUUUAUUACUUAAUUUGGGAGCUAAUUGGCCUGCAAAUUUCACGCUGCUUCCUGAGGAGCAGAAUGACAUCUAGGCAAAUCCUUUCUCCUAUACAUCUUUCAGGAUUUUCCCUAUUUCUAGCCAAGGAGCCAGUGUAUUAUUAUUAUUAUUAUUUUAUUUUUAUUAUUAUUAUUAUUAUUAUUAUUAUUAUUAUUACAGUGGUACCUCGGGUUACAUACGCUUCAGGUUACAGACUCCGCUAACCCAGAAAUAGUGCCUCGGGUUAAGAACUUUGCUUCAGGAUGAGAACAGAAAUCGUGCCCCGGGGGCGCGGCAGCAGCAGGAGGCCCCAUUAGCUAAAGUGGUGCUUCAGGUUAAGAACAGUUUCAGGUUAAGAACGGACCUCCAGAACGAAUUAAGUACUUAACCUGAGGUACCACUGUAUUAUUAUGCAAAUCAAAUGUUGUUUUUUAAGAGAGAGAGAGAGAGGGAGGUAUGUGGUAGUUUCCAGGGGACUUUACUGCAUCCUAGAAUGAAGGUGGUUUGCGCCCCACUCAAAACCAUGCCCCUGGGGCUAUGCCCCCACCAUCGCUUCGCCCCUGUCCCAUCCUUCUUGGCAUGAUAGCAAAAGGACACUGCCGCUGAACGACCCAUCUAGUCCAGCAUCCUGGAAGGAGGUUUGUGAAUGGCCCUUAUCUAAAUGGCCAUGUAUUAACUUGUGGAAAGCUAGCCUGUUGGUAAGCAGAGAUCUUUUCCCUAAGAAAGAAGAGGCUGCUGGGUGGCCCAUCUGGUCUGGAGUCCUCUACUCCCAGUGGUCAAGCAGAUGCCUAAGAUGCACGACUUGAGUGCAACAGCUUUUCCUCUCCUUGAGAUUCCCAAGAACUGGGAUUCAGAGGCAUUCUCCCAGCGGAGAUGAAUAUAGCCAUUGUGGUUAGUAGGUAAAGGUAAAGGACCCAAGGAUGGUUAAGUCCAGUCAAAGGCGACUAUGGGGUUGCGGCACUCAUCUCGCUUUCAGGCCGAGGGAACUGGCAUUUGUCCACAGACAGCUUUCUGGGUCAUGUGGCCAGCAGGAUUAAACCGCUUCUGGCACAACAGGACACCAUGACGGAAGCCAGAGCACACAGAAACGCUGUUUACCUUCCCUCCGCAGUGGCACCUAUUUAUCUACUUGCGCUGGUGUGCUUUCGAACUGCUAGGUUGGCAGGAGCUUGGACAGAGCAACAGGAGCUCACCCUGUUGUGGAAAUUCGAACCGCUGACCUUCCGAUCGGCAAGCCCAAGAGGCUUAGAGGUUUAGUCCACAGCUCCAGCGAUGGCCUUAUUCCUCCAUGAAUCUGCCUAACCCUCUUUUAAAGCCAUCCAAGUCGGUGGCUACCAGUAAUUUCAUCGUUUUAACUAUGCACCCUAUAAAGAAGUGCUUUAUUUUAUGUCCCCUGAAUUUUCCAACAUUCAGCGUCAGUGGACAUCCCUGAAUUCUAGUAACAUGGGAGAGGGGAAAAAACUUCUCUUCCUCCAGGGCCGUGAAUAUUUUUUGCACACUUCCAUCAUGUUGCCUCUUGUCCUUUAGAGAGAGCCGUAAGUUUCACCUUUCCUCCAUAUAUAAAACGUUUUUUUGUAUGCACACAUUUUAAAAGGGUAAGGGUACGACGCAGCCGUUGGAUAAGGGCAAAUAAAUCACAUUUGCUGCUGGGUUUUUCAUGCCUUUUUUUUUUAAAAAAAAAAGUCUUAUUUUCUUUUCUGUACCACAUUCUCUAAGUGCCGUUUUAGGUCUCUCCUCGCUUUGCAGUUGCCCUUUUCAUUUAUUCACACCUCCAUCUGUCUUCCUUGCAAAGCGGCUGAGAGGAACAGUUUCGGGAUUUUGAGAGCAGAGAUUUGGCAUCUUCCAACAAAUAACUUGCCAGUUCCGAUGGGUUGGUUUUGUUGUGGUUUGACACAACCCACACACACAAACACUGUGCACCCCCCACCAAAGAAAGCACUUUCUCCUUGCAGUUAAAAGGGACAUCUAUGCUGCUAAAGGACGAAAAAGCUGGAAACUGAGGUCCCCGGCUACUCUGCUCGUCCCUUAAUGUGUUUACUUUUACAUUGUGGGUUGGAGGCUUCCUCCGAGUCUGCUGCCCUUUGUACACAACUGUGCAGGAGGUGGCUGUUUUUAGCUUCUUCACAAAGGGCUCCUUUGAGCUUCCCUUGAAAUCUUUCCAUUCAUUCAGCGAGAAGUUGGAUCAGGCCCAAGUAUUUUGAAGUCAGCGCAACGAGAACUGAAGCCCCAGUUCCUUUGGUCAUCUCAGCAGUUGGUCCUUGAUGAACAAUGGGGGUCCCAUUGAAGCGCCAUUUGGAAACUUGAUCAAAUGGCAAUGCUUCACAGAGGGCCAGACUCUGGAUUCCAGGCUGAAUGGCUGGGCUCUUCCACGCAGGAUCAAAGACUUUUUCAGUGGCUAAAUUGGCCAAAAACAGCUGCCUUUCCUAAUUCCAUACUCAUUGGCUUCAUUUGAAAUCACACUUUCCCCCCAUAAGCUUUCAUGGACAAGAGAUGGGGUGAAAGCCAUCCUUUAACCAUUUGAAUUUAUGAAAGGGGAGGGAAAAUAUGGGGGGGGGGAGUAGUUGACAAAUGAAGUUUGGAUGAUCGGGGGAGGGUAGAUGUUUGAUUGACAGUGAUUGACAUAACUCUUAACAUAUGUUUUUACUUUUUUAAUGUUUCAGAUAGUUGUUUUCUACUGACUAUUUUAUUAUCUAAGCCACCAUGAGUUUUAUUACAAUCAAAGAUGCAGGUGGCGCUGUGGUCUAAACCAGUGAGCCUCUUGGGCUUGCCGGUCAGAAGGUUGGCAGUUCAAAUCCCCACAAUGGGGUGAGCUCCCGUUGCUCUGUGCCAGCUCCUGCCAACCUAGCAGUUCAAAAGCACACCAGUGCAAGUAGAUAAAUAGGCACUGCAGCAGCGGGAAGGUAAAUGGCGUUUCCGUACGCUCUGGUUUCCGCCAUGGUGUCCCGUUGCACCAGAAGUGGUUCAGUCAUGCUGGCCUCAUCACCCGGAAAGCUGUCUGUGGACAAACUCCGGCUCCCUUGGCCUGAAAGUGAGAUGAGCGCCGCAACCCCAUAGUCGCCUUUGACUGGACUUAACCGUCCAGGGGUCCUUUACCUUUUUACCUUAAUUACAAUCAAGCAGUAUAUCAAGCUUGUGAAAUAAAUAAAUUAAAACUAAUAAUAAUAGUUUAUAUGCCAUGCAUCAGACUGGGUUGCCCUAGCCACUCUGGGUGGCGUCCAACAAAUUAAAACACAAUACAUCAAACAUUGAAAACUUCCCUGAAAGUUUCAUGACGUCUUGAGCUUACUAUUCAUGCAGGUUCCUUUCCCUCUCCCACAAUACCCAUGUGUGUGAAAGUGUGUUCAUGUAUCCGAAGCAGAUUUUGAUCCUUUAAAGCCGCUAUGAAUCUGUUCAUGUUUAAGGUUCCCACAAGAUUCUUUGUUUAUACGUGAUGCCUUUGAAGUUCCUGCACAGAUGCUGAUGGUACAUUUUUGUCAACUUUUCGAUAAGGGUGCAAACGGAGAUAGCGAUUCCAUCAAAACCGUCCUCACGUCUCCCGAAAACCGGAUCCUGAUCAAGCGCAUGCUAAUUAAGUGUGCUGAUGUUUCCAACCCAUGUCGGCCCCUGGAGCAGUGUGUUGAGUGGGCAGGCCGCAUCUCUGAGGAAUAUUUUGCACAGGUGGGUGAGAUACGGCCAGCUGGAGAAAUUUCAGCUGAGAAAAAGAGAGAGAGAGAGAGAAAAUUCAACAGUGCUUAGUUUGUUUUUGGUUGUUAGUUUGUUAAUUUCAAUAUUGUUUUGUGGAUUAGGAGUGCUGUAAUGCUUUGUGAAUUUUAUAAUAACUUUAUAACACGGCUUUUCUUGUGGCUGUGCUGUUUAAUCUAUUUUUAAGUUGUUUGGUUAAUAGUGUUCUAUAGAAGGUAGUUGUUUUAUGGAUGAUUUGUUAAUUGUUUUAUAUAAUUUGUGUUGCAAUUGUGAUGUUCUACUCUGUUAUUAUUUAUUGUAUGAAAGCCUCUUUGUAACACGUGUGAGUGGCAUAGAAAUUGAAUGAAUGAAUGAAUGUUGAUACACAAUACAUGAUUUUCAUAGGAGGUUAAGGGUAUGUGGAGGUGGAUGUGUCUUUCUCCCCCUUCAUUUCUGACCCUAGCUCAGUAUAAUAUCCUCCAUGUUCUGAAAUCACCCCCAAAUGAAAGCAGUCAAUCUAUGUGUGCUCUCAGACCAGGUCACAACCACAACCCAUUUUAAGAUUCUGCAUCUUUCUAAGAUUAUGCAAUAAUCUUGAUUUUUUCAUAUGCUUCGGUAUACUGCUUCUGGUGUUGAUUUCUUUAGCCAAGAGAACAUCUUAUAAAUGCUCAAAUAAAUAAAUAAAUAAAUAAAUAAAUAAAUAAAUAGUUGAGAGCUCAUUAACAAUAACAGACAAAACAGUCAUAACAAUGGGUUUCUUUUGGGCGGGGGGUGUUUUUCAGACAGAUGAUGAGAAAAGGCAAGGAUUGCCUGUUGUGAUGCCUGUUUUUGACCGGAAUACUUGUAGCAUCCCCAAAUCUCAAAUAUCCUUCAUUGAUUAUUUCAUCACCGACAUGUUUGACGCUUGGGAUGGUAAGUAACCUCUUAUCCUCUUGACAGCUGCUCAGUAGGCAAUCCAGAAUACUAUUAAGAUUUGCUUAGAAUAACAAGACUGUGUUGAAAAUCUGUGAAUUAAUUGAACCCAAAGAAGAGGCCUCUAGUAUGCAAUGCUCAGAGCCAUUGGACACUGUAGUGGUUCUAGGGGUUGCUCGUGCGUAAGCCGGUGCAAACACCUGGCUGGGUUGCCUGAGUGAACCUUUUCUGUCCGGACAGCCACUCACCCGUGGCUGUCUCAAUCACUGGCAGAAUCCAUCGGAAUCUUCCAGGAAAGAAGCUCUUUGACGCCUAGUCUCCUCCUACUCUCUCUGCGCGAAAGCCUUCUACGCAAGGAGGGCGUAGGCAACGAAGGACCCCUACUCUCCCCGCUGGUCCCCGGCAAGGAGUCAUGGGACUGCCUCGCCGCUUCCCCCAUCUGCCCCCCUUCUCCACUGGUGCUACGCUGAUUCUCUUCCCCAGAAGAUGGGCUGCCUCUCCCAAUCCCGGGUCGCUCUCUGGAAUCCCUCUGGAUUUUGCUCUCUCCCUUCGGCACUGAUGGCAGUUCCCUGACAGACACCUUCCCCAUCUUGUCUUAUUCCGCAGGAACGUAAGCACUUUGUUUCCUUUUUUCUCCAGCCUUUGCAGAUCUUCCAAAUCUGAUGCAGCAUCUAGACAACAACUUCAAAUACUGGAAGGGGCUGGAUGACAGGAAGCUACGGACCCUCCGACCUCCCCCCGAAUAGCAACCGGGCCUCUUGGUGGUGUGAACAUUGCCCAUCCGGAGGCAUUCCUACAAACUUGCAUUUGAGAAUGCAUUUUCAGAUUUGUUUUGGUCUCUUCAGUAUUACAGCAAGGCCUUCCUGUACACAGCUUCGGAGAACUUGAGCGUUCUAAGAAUGUCUUGAGGUCAGCAGUGGACUCUUGGCAACCUCCCACCUAGGGACUCUGUGUUGAGUGAGCCUUUCAAGUUGAAUUACACUGGACUGCUGCGAUGUCUGUACUGAAGAGGGUUUGAAAGCGAACCUUUUUUUGGUUUUGUCUCACAUUUUUGGCAUUCUCUUCAUGCCAGAUUUCCAAAGCUUGAAGAUAGCCUCCUCCUUAUAAAAGAGACAAUUUUAACACAUUAAUCGGAUCAACAAGUGAAGGCGGACAUCUCCAUCGGUGGUAAUGUCUCAACAGUUAUGAGGAUACUUUUUAAUGAGCACUUAAAGGAAGAAAAACCCCCGAGUUACAUUGAAUAAUAUUUGACAUGCAAACCCUUUAUGAAGGAUUUUGGGAGGGGGGAAUCUUCUGAAAAACGGACAUAGCUCUAUUUUUUCGCAUUGCAGAAGGCGCAAUCAUUCACUUCUGAGCACUACUGAGAGCCAGGUCUCUUUAAAAUGAGUUUAGUAGCAAAUGUAAACAAACGAACCCACCCAACCUGCAAAUCUUUUGAAGCUGAUCGUUAGACAUCUUUGAUUAAAAUAUGUUUUAUUUAUUUUGUUAGAUGUUCAAUAUUUUCUAUGAAUUUAUAAAGACUUUAAAAGCCAAAGCCAACUUUAGAUGCAUUACAGAUUUACAUGAUUCAUACUCGUUACGCAUUUUAUUUUCAUAAUGCAAAACGCCGUACAAUGAGGAUACAUUUUUAUUGCACUGUAAGGAUAGAUGUGUAUGUUGAAAUAUUGUUCAAUUUUAUGUUAAUUAAAAUAAGUUUUUAUCAAAGGUCUCAUUGGAGAGCCGUCAAACGAAAUGACAUUGGUCAUAUAACUUGUACUGUGACCGUAGCUGGAACUCCCCAACACUGGAGUUGGGACAGUGAUCCUCAAAGCCCUGGUUUAGUAGUAAAACCAAAAGCAACAGACUCAAAGUGCCCCCAUCAUUCAGCCCAGACACUGAGGUCCAGCUCUGAGGGCCUUCUGGCGGUUUCCUCCCUGCGAGAAGUGAGGUUACAGGGAACCAGGCAAAGGGCCUUCUUGGUGGUGGCGCCCGCCCUGUGGAAUGCCCUCCCACCAGAUGUCAAGGAAAUAAACAACUAUCUGACUUUUGGAAGACAUCUGAAGGCAGCCCUGUUUAGGGAAGUUUUUAAUGUUUUAACACCCAGACGUUGUGUUUUUUAUAUUCUAUUGGGAGCCGCCCAGAGUGGCUGGGGGAACCCAGCCAGAUGGGUGGGGUAUAAAUGAUAAAUUAUUAUUAUUAUAGGUCAAACCCUGUUAUCUCCAGGUGUUCUGAACCCCUGGCAGCAAGUCAGUAUGCCAGGUUCAAAGUUUGAGGGUCGAUCCGCACAAGUGAAGUCCAAAACCCAACGCCUGUGAGGGUCAGGAAAGGAGGUUCAGGGCCAAUCCAAGUAGCAAAGUCCAGCAGUCAGGAUACAAUCCAAAGUCAAACCCAAAGCACAGCCCUGGGGAGGUCCAGGAACGUCCAAGUCAAGGCCUAUCAACAUGGGCAGUUGAGCAGACACAAUGCCUCAGCUCUGCUGCCUUUUCUACUUUGCAUUCUGAUUGCAGCAUCUGGGCUUGAGGAGACAUCAUCAUCAUCAAAUCUUUUAUUGGCAUUACAUACAAACAUCCAAAACAAAUCAGUACAGAAUUUCCACUUCCCCAGUGGCACAAAACAUUUGCUAAAAGAAAGGAGGCAGAGCAGUCUAUCGUCACAUCUCUAGGUCUCCAGGGAGAUCAGAUGUCUGCAGUGUAUUUUGACGACGAAAAACCAAGUAGAGAUAUUUAGCCACUAACUUGGUGGGCUCCUGAUCAUUCCCCAGUAAUAGAAAAUGUAUGACUUCCGACUCUGGUUUCCAUUUGGGGAUAGAGUUGAUCUAGAAAUUGCUGGCAGAGAUCAGCAUAUAGUUUACAAUUGAGAACCAUAUGUGGUUUCCACCAGGUGGUCUUCACAUGGGCAAGUUCUUUCUCCUUCCACCCUGCCGGAGAACCUUCCCCAAAGGAGGUUUGAUGGAUUUGAAUUAAACCUGGCCAGCGACAAUGCCCUUCUUUCUUGAGGGUUAAGCAGAAAUUCAAGGUAAUUGUGGUUAGUUUCAUGUGCCCAAGAAAGUUGAAAAUAAAGAGGGGGACAUGUUUUCUCUGCUGCUACUGUUAGUUCUCGGCGUUCAAUAUCCCACAACCUAGUUUUUAUUAUAGCCUUGACAGAUGGUAGGGACAUCGAUGGCAAAAGUUCCACUGACAGCCCGAGUUGCUGUACCUUCUUGUUAAACUGUUGUUGAGGAGACAUGUGACCUUCUCCUGUUUUGAGCCUAUUCUAGCUGAGGAAUCACAGAGCUAGUGAUUCCCACCUGGCCAGCUAAGGAACUGGGUUGUGGGCCCUUGGCUGCUUCAGCCUUUUGGAUUGCCUCACCUGCUGCUCCCUUUGCCCCAGAGCCUGUCAUGAUCAUGAAGACAGGGACCCCUCUGGUGAUGGGGCCUGGUGCUCUGGUUCCUGUGUCCUGGCCCCCAGCCCCUCGUCAUCCUGCGUCACCCUGUAAAUACUUCCAACACCAACCUCUCCCAAACCCCAGCUUGCUCCAGUGUUCCAGUCCCAGUUGCACCCCUCGCCUGAUCUUAUUCAUCUUCCUCCCCGUUAUCCUGCCAGUUCAUGACGCCAGGUAAAUGGACACGGUGAUGGCAAAUACCUUUUGCAGCAGACCAGGGCUGCAAAAUUUGCCAUCAAUACCUUCAGAGGUAUACAAAAUGCACAGUGAACAGAUGAUAGACUUUCCAAACUGUAUAGUAGAUAUGGUUUCAAUCUGCCAUAUCUUUUCCUGUCCAAGUUUCAUUUGAGAAGAAUAAAAGGGACAUCCCAGUGUACUCAGCACAAUUCUCCAUAAUUUGGGUGUCUCUGGUGCAGGGAAAAUGUUCCCAGGUGGAAUGUGCUUCAAUAUGUCUUUUUCCCACCCACUGUGCUGGAGAAGAAAACUAAAAUAGCGAUUUAAAAAAAAAAUGUUUUAAUUCCCCAGUGGUUUGUAAACUUUCCAUCCCUUUGACAUUUGGAGGAAGCAUUCUGGAAGAUAGCAGAAGAAGUAUGUUUAAACGUAUAUCUUGCAAAGUGUCAAACAUUUUAGCCUAUUCCUCUGAAACAUUUUCUUUUAUUUAUUUUUAUGCCAUUCCAUAGACCUCUGAAAUUAAAUCCUUUCUUGGGGGGGGGGGUUUAAAAUACACCAUGGAGAUGCUUGUUUCUUUGUUCUCAAAAUGUCAAAGUGUCUUCUGACCCAGCCUGACUUUUUGCUAAUGUUUGUUUAUUCUUAAUCUCCAUUCCUUGGGUGAAAAAUAUACAGGAAAUGCAGUUUGAUCACGUCAAGGCGCCCAUUGUGGUGAAAAAGCCAUAAACUUCCCAUCUCUCUAGAAGUUAAUGUAUAUUAAUAGCACCCAAAUGGAAAGGGAGCUCUGGGUUUUAUAGAUACCCAAACAGAAGGGGGGUUUGGGGGGCAAUAUAUUUCCAUUCCUCAUUAUUUCCCUUCCCCCACAGCGAUAUUUUAGCUUGGGAGAUGCUAAAACAGAUUUUAACCAAUUUAUUGGUUAGAUUAAUCAAAUGUUGCGCCUUUAAAUUGAUUUUUUUUUUAAAUUAAAAACCCUGAUUAUUCAGAGCAUCUUCUUAUACAAUCCAUGGGUUUGGUUUUUUAUGGAUAUAUAAAAAUCUAACUGUUUUGAUCUAACCUUAUAAAUUGGUCAAUACAAGUUCCCAUGAGAGCAACUCCCUCUCUGGAAACUGAGCCACCUGUUGGGAGUUACCCAGAGUAGCUGGGGCAACACAGUCAGAUGGGCAGGCUACUACAGUGAUCCAUGCGACAGUCACCUCCAGGCUUGACUACUGUAAUUCGCUCUACACGGGGCUGCCCUUGAAGCUGUCCCAGAAACUCCAGCGGGUGCAGAAUGCUGCGGCGAGGCUCCUCACGGGGUCUCUGCCAUGGAAGCAUAUUCAUCCAGUGCUUUUCCAGCUGCACUGGCUCCCGGUGGAGUACAGGGUCAGAUUUAAGGUCCUGGUUUUAACUUUUAAAGCCCUUCAUGGCCUAGGACCCUCGUACCUACGGGACCGCCUCUCCUGGUAUGCUCCACGGAGGACCUUAAGGGUCCAUAUAUAGCAACACCCUAGAGGUCCCGGGCCCUAAGGAAGUUAGAUCAGCCUCAACCAGAGCCAGGGCCUUUUCAACACUGGCUCCGGCCUGGUGGAACGCUCUGCCUCAUGAGACCAGGGCGCUGCAGGAUCUGAUCUCUUUCCGCAGGGCCUGUAAGACAGAGUUGUUCCACCUGGCCUUUGGCUUGGAGUCAAUUUGAUUCCCUCCCCCUCUUUAUUUUUUUCUUUCUCCUCCUGUGAUGGGGCUGUAUUUUAAUGUUUUAAUGUUGUAUUUUAAUCUUGUUUUUAAGUUGUAUUCAUUCAACUUAUUUUUAUUAUUGCUUGCCCUGAGCCCGGCCUUGGCUGGGGAGGGCGGGGUAUAAAUAAAAAAAUAUUAUUAUUAUUAUUACUACUAAUAAUAAUAAUACUACUACUACUAAUAAUAAUAAUAAAUUUUAUUGUUGCUUUUGCAGUGCCAUUCUCCAGCCAAGUAAUGGGCACAUACAUGCAUCAACUAGGGUAAAGUGUGCAUUAAAGCAUGAGUGAAAUCAACUGGCAAAACUGCAUUACAUUAAGGAAAAUGACUGCAAAAAAAAUAAGGUGUUUGUUAUGCAAAAUUUCAUGCAAAAACGUGCACGCUAGGAGAAAUUAGUGCUUAAAUGCUGGUGGAUUUUAAUGAGGGCAUUUUUUAAAACAAAGAGAUCACAAACUCGUGGACAUGAGGACUGAACUUAAGACUGGAAAAAUAAAAAAGGGAGAC